AUGUCAGUGUUUCUGGAAGGAAAUAUUAAUACCCAAUUUGCACACUUUAAUCAUCAACUUUUAGAUCAUAAGUGCAGUAGCGAUGAGUUUCAGUGUGACAAUGGGCAAUGUGUUAUGUCAUCUUUACGAUGUGAUGGAGAUGUGGCGUGCCUUGAUGAAUCAGACGAAAAAGACUGUGCAUGCUUAUCUAAUGAAUUCAAGUGCAAUGACGGGCUCUGUCUUCAUUUGACCAAGCUAUGUGACGGUCAAAAGGAUUGUUCAGAGGGUUCCGACGAAGCAAAUUGUGGUAAGGAUCAUUUACAGUUAAUGUGUCGAUUGAGUAUCAAUAUUCAUAUUCCCUACAUUAUUCAGUCAACAGAUUCGGAUUCAGUUCAAGAUAAGUGGUAAUGUUGAUAAAAUUAAUGUUUCAGAGAAGAGUUGUCCCGCCGAAUUUCAGUGUAUUGACGGAACAUGUAUCUCAUGGUCCUCUACCUGCAGACCACGUGAAAAGUCGUGCUCAGACCAUUCUCACUUUUCAACGAUUUGUGGUAGGCUAUUUUCAAGUUACACUUUCGUUAAUUUCAUUUUCAGAAGUAUGACUUUGUCCAUGAAGGUUAUAUCUAUAUGUAACUAUUUUUUAAAAGACAUCGCUAGGUUUUAGAAGUUUUUGGAAUUUAAACAAUGUCGAGGUCUCUCUAGUUCUGAUAAUUAUUUAAAAAACUGGCUCACAAUCCUUUACAAAGAUCGCUAUACGAGCUCACGGUUUCAACUUCAGAUACUUAUACGUCAAGUCGAGGCCAUGAGCAGUACUAACGUUUCUGAGUCCAAUUUGACACAGGCUCAGGAGAGUGCCCUUUGAAUGAGUUGGAUUGUACAGACAAACCAAACGACAUGCUACAAUGCAAUUCCUUGAGAGGUAUUUUAACUUGAUCAUUUUUUAGUGUUGACAGAAGAUGUGGCAAGAGAAAAGCCCAGUAUGUUUUAAAAAUAAUUAUGGUCUUUGUUAUUUAUUCUUAAAGAAAUAAACUCUUUUUACCAUUAAAAGCAGUUGAAGUCUGUCACAUCACAUUCAUAACAAAUUAAACUCAAUUGUAUUAGAAACGUUUUCAGUGGCGAAUUAAGUAGGUGGGGGGCUUGCUCAUUUAGUCUCUAAGAUAAGAGGGGGGCCCGGCCUCGAAAUUUUAUCUGUUGGUUCCGCAGGCCGAGAAAAAACGGGAGGGGCCCAGGCCCACCGGGCUACACCCUUAGAACCCUUACUGGUCCCAAAAAGAAUGAUAGAAAUGAAACUACGGCAUUUCAUCAAGGAAGUAGGAGAAAGAAUUUCACUAAGAAGUACAAUAUUAUUUUCUUUGGCUGUUUUGAAAUAUUUGGGUACUUGAAAUGAGUUGUAAGUUAAAUCUUAGUACAUCAUACUGAAAAUUUCACCUUUAGGUUAUUGUGGCUUUGAGAAUGACCUGUGUGGUCUGACAAGUGAAUACAUGAACACCACAGAUUUUCAGUGGAAGUUUGGUUCCGGCAAAACUCCAUCCAAAAACACCGGUCCUUCAUUUGACCACACCACACUUUCAGAAAAAGGUAAAACGUGGGAAAUGAGAAAGUUGAAUUAAUCUUGAAGAAAUUCAUUCGACUAGCAUUAGAUCAACUCUGAUACCGAAUUUCUUUGGCUAUGUAUAAAGAGUCCUCUAAAACUGAAAUUAGUGACUCAUCCUCAUAAGGCAGUAAUGAUAAAUAGAAGUCGUCUUUGGACAAGCUUCAUCACUAUAUUAGCCCAAAAUAGACCAAGUCCCUUUAAAAAAAUUCUGUUAUAGAGAUCAUUUUUUUAAUAGUUGAGUUUUCGGUCACCGUUUUCAUCUGAUCAGACUUGUUAACGGAAGGCCAAAUGAAUCCAUGAAAAAGGACAAGUAGGAAGAUAUUACCGUUCAAUUUUAAUAAAUUGACUUGUCUGUGAGCUAACUGACCAUGUGACUCUAUAGACGAUAAAUAAUAUACAUUUGUUUGUCAAAUAUUAGUGAAAAUAAGUUAUUUUUAUCUCACCUUCUUUGUGGGCAAGGUACAUACAUUUUUAUUGAAGCCUCAAGGCGUUCCCCUGGCAUCCGAGCUCGCCUGAUCAGCGACUGGUUGGCACUAAACAAGUCAGUUUGCUUGCAAUUCUGGUACCACAUGCUUGGAAGGCACAUGGGAGAACUAAAAAUUAAGACUAGAACGAAUGAUGCAGAAAGGCUUCUGUGGAAGCAGGGAAUGAGGGAUCUCGGAGAUAAUUGGAUCUUGGCGCAGACACCAGUUCAUGUUACCAAACCAUUUCAGGCAAGUGUGUGUAUUUACGUUAUCACCUAAAGUUGAAGAAAGGCUAAGGCAAGCAUUUUUUUUAGUGCAGCAUCGCACUAGAUCUCUAAUACAUUUACAAUUCAGCAUGGGCACAUUACGAAGACUCCGCCAUAUGGCCAUUACAAUUUACAUGCGCAUUCGUGUCAUGUCGAUCUUUGUUAGAACUUCAGCUCAGGGGCGGAUCUAGGGUUUUUCCAAAAAGGGGGUUGUAAGUAUGAGAGUUCAAGGCAAACGUCCCAGGGGCAAAGGAAUGGGGGUGGGGAGGGUAAUGUUUGAAUAUGUAGAUUUUCUUUAUUUUGAUUUCAGGUAUAAAUUUGUCAAAUUCGAGACGCUAUUAUUAAACACUAAGAGUACAGUGCAACACCGAUAGUUGUUUGUCUCUUUUUUUACCUGCCUAUUUAAUGAAACAGACUAGCUUGAAAGAGCCUUCUAAGGAUGAGCCUUUACAAAGGCUUGCUGGCAUAUCUCGUCUACCUCUACCUCCAAUCUCUCGGAGUAGUACAUGGCAAUCACCGCGAGAUCAGAGAACUGCUGUUCAGACACUGUUGACCUAAAGCAGGUCUUGAUUUAUUUCAUGUGAUCGUUAGGGAGCAGGCAAUGACCAGAACGCGAUAGAUCUUUGGGGAAGCAUCUUCAUCGCCAGUACCUAAUGCUAAUAAAAGGUUGUUUGGAAACUCCCUGUCUGUUGACUGACAGAGUGUUUUCCUUCUGCGUACCUCAUUUCCAAGGGACUGAGAAAUGGAAUGUCUUUCUCCCAGAACAGCACGCCUUCUACUUCAUCAUCCAGCUGCAGUGCCUUAUUUACUAUAAUCGACGGCGCGAGACAAAGCAGAUGGCGGGCGUGACGAUCUUCGUCGGACAAUUUAUCUUGCAUUUUGAUGAUUAAGGAGUCAAGAAGAGGAACAGCUACAGUCUUCUUGUAAUGAUCGAUUGGACAGGAACUUAUAUUAUAACUUAUGACAUAAUUUUUAGUAUGAAAAAGGGGUUGACAUGGGUAGCCAGACAAGUUUGAAAACUUCCCAAAGAGGGGGGUUGCAACCCCCUCAACCCUCCCCUUGGAUCCGACUCUGAAUGCUCACUUAUAACCACAAGCCUUGCCUUACACUGAAAAGGCGAGGGCAAGAUCAUUCCUUAAAAAAGCGGCUAAACUUAACCCGGAGGGAGACUCUUUCCUUUGGGCUUUUUCAUGAAAAUGAGUCCUGACAAGAGCGAAACUGCUUUUCACGGCUGUUCCGCAUGUCUAAGGUAUUUUUCUAUUACCCAGAGCUGGUAUGUAGUGUGCUGAAUUAUGGUUUCGUUGAUAACUUGAUACUUAGACAAUCAAUAAAAAAAUGAAACACCUCAAGAGGAACCAGAAAAUGUUCCAGGACUAGUGGUAACAAGUAUCACAUACAUCGUACAUUUUAUGCGGACCGAUACUGGCUGAACAUUUUAAUUUAUGUUUAUUUGUUUUAUACACAUGCAGCUUGUCAUCGAGGGCGUGAUUGGAAAUGGUCUUGAAGGUGACAUCGCAUUAGAUGACCUCGCCGUCCUCAGUGGAAACUGCAACUUAAUAACACAGCAGGGUUUGCUAAUCCUCAAUGAUUAUUUUUAAGUUAAUUAAAGUGGGUUGGUUAAAACGUUUAACGUAGACCGGGGUUUUGAUAGGAUAAUGAAUGGGCUCUUUAUAUCUCUUUUUGUUAACUAGUAGAUUGGUUAAGACAUUUCUAUUCAACUCUCCUGCCAUCCUCGGAGACCCAGGGGCAGAGUGUGGGGGCGAGGGAAAGUCUAAACAGGCGGGAAAAUAUGGCACGAAGAAAAGUAAAGAACGGCUUGAAGAGCCCCUGGGGACAAUGUCUUACCAGACCAGUUCCAAACGGUCGCCGCCAUUCUGGCUUCUGAUUGGUGCCAGAAAAACAAAAGUUUUCUCUCCUGCAUUUACCCGUUGUUUAUGUUUUUGUUUUUCUUUCCAGUAAGUCCUGACUGUGAUUUCAGCUUUGGAAUGUGCGGGUGGACUGGGCACGAUGACUGGAGGAUUCACAAAGGUUAGCAAGAUAUCUUGUUUCUAAAGCACGAAAUUCAGGUUUGCUUUAUAUUCACUUGCGGGCAGCCUGCUUGCUCAGACCGCGCCUUGGUUUAAGCCAAUGGCUGUGAAGUCUUUCGUAUUUAAAGAGGAACGCGUCAGCGCGCCAAAAGUCAUCUCUUACCCGCCAGUUAAUACUCAAAAAGUAUGAAAUGGACGGAUGUAUGAAGAAGAUAGCGCGAAGGCGAAUCUAGAAGUUGAUGUUAAGUAAAUAAUAAAUAAAUAUUUUAUUGAUUUGUAUUGCGCAAAUAUCAAUCCAGGGAAAGAAAUUUUCAUCUGCGCAUAACAUUGACUCAACAAAAUCCUAAAAUCCUAGUACAUAUUGCAAAAGUCUUAUUUACAGAUCUUUCCUGAAAAUUAGUAAAAAUAACAAUUUAAAAAUAAAAAUUAAUCUUUAAAAUCCUAUAUACAAAUCCUUCUUAAUAAAGAGAAUAAAAACAAUAAAUUAGCUGGGAAACGCCUUCUGAAAUAAAUGACUUUUAAGAGCCAAUGUCGGAAAAUAUCGCGAAUCUCAAAUCAGUUCCAAAAAUUCCAAUUUUGGCUGAUACCACCCAAACAUCCCUUUAGGGGAACUCUUUCAAGAAAUGAUAUUAAGAAAUCCCCAAGCGCUUUACAUUUUGAGAAUUUUAGAAAAGUUCGAAAAUUCGCAAAAAAUACAUUUUUUAAUUCAGAAAAUGGGUGCAAAUUUCAACAGAUUUCAACGAAACAGUACAAGCGCGCAAAAGCUCCUAUUGACUUGAUAUUGCUCAUAUAUUUAGCAGACAUCCAGAGCUUUAAGACCGCGUAAAGAGGUUUUGCAAAAUUACUAUUUUAAUAUAGUUUCUGGCUUUUAUUGUGUGCGCUCUGAUUGUGUGUUGCUUUGGCCGUCAAAAAAACGCCCAACUUCAACCGUCAAAAGUCGAUCCUGGUAUGUCACAAAUUGAAAAAAAUACUAUACCAAACGAAAAACCUGUUAUUCUUUUAAUUACACCUGAAGUUUUAGCUCUGCGAAUUUAAACGCUUGCGAGAAAUAAAAUUUUAACUUGUGCCCCCCAAGUCGCCUGUCCGCGACAAGAACGGGAAUGUAAACAAAGGAAACAUAUGCAAAUCGAGGAGAAAAUCACACGGAAGUUAUAGCUAGCACAUCAAAGGGCAAAAAAUUGAUGAAAAUUCUGUUAUCUAAUCAAUUAUUGGUACCUGGGAAGCUACUAAAGCGUAAUUGUUCAUCGAAUAAUCUAAAACAAGGAAAAAAAUAAAAAAGAGUGAUGGGCCAAAUGCAAUUGCUCACAAAUUUUGAUCGGGUAAAUUCCCGGUACUGAAGUAACAGGCGUUCGGUCUAUCAAUCAUUUCUGUCAACUUCAAAACCGCAUUGGCCAAACUAUGUCAAGAAAAAAAAGUUACUUAGAUAAAAAUGAACUAUGAAAUCCAAGUCAAAACUAUUGUAAAUCUGGACCUCUCAACAAAAUGGAAUUACAGACCACAAACAAACACUAAGCGGACCGUAAUAAUUGUUUCCCAAAUAAAAGAGAUUGUUCGUGCCCAAAGCCAAAAGGCUUUAAGAAGGGCCGUCGAUAAAAUCCGGAACAUGGAACAUCCCGGAACAUUCCGGAACAUUCCGGAACAUCCCGGAACAUGAAAAAAUUAAAAUAUUUUUUAUGAAAAAAUGAUUAAUUAACUAAAUAAUAAUAAUAAUAAUAAUAAUAAUAAUAAUAAAUAAUAAAAGGAACAAUAGAUAGAAAACAAUUUUUGCAAAAAUUUAUAAUAACAAAAUAAAUAACAUAACAUAAAAACGAAAAAUAAAGAAACACACCAAGAAAGAAAGAAAAAGAAACUGGUAUCAUCUCCGAGUACGAGAAAACAAUAUUUUGUUGCAAUGAAUUUUCUGCAGUGGGCGAGUAAGGGUCCAUUCAAAUGACAGUCCCCAGUCAUCCUACUCACCCUGGUCACCCUAAUGAGUGAAGGCUUGCUUCUUAAUUCAAAAUAUAUUAAAAUGGGUCGCGAGGAGAGGGUUUUCAGGCUUUCGUCACACAGCCACCUCUUGUAAAGGUUUGCCAUGUGGUUUAACGGUUAUCCAUUUACGGCUUUGCGACCGAAAGAAGAGCUUAGGGGCUCGUCGCUUUGGACUUGGAUAAUUAAAUUAAAGAUUCAAAUUCACCGUGAAUAGUUGCAGUGGCAGUUAUCAGUUAGCCUGAAUUUUAGCCGUCUCCCCGCAAACUCCUCCUGCGACUAGAGGAGACGUCUGAAAUAUCAUGCUGACUGUAAACAGUAUAGAAACUACUACGAAUGUGAGUAUUGUCCACUAAAAUCCAAAGACAGGAGCCCCUAUACUCUUCUUAAGUUCACAGAGCCGCCUAGUCUGUAAGUAAUUCAUGUUCAAAGAAAUCAAAGCACCUCAAGUAAGCAAAUGUCGGUUAUAAGUAAGGAGACUAUAUGUUGGCUUGAAAUGAGCUACUUACCGACUUGGCUUGACAUGAAAUACUGCAUCGACAUUUCAGACCAUUGCAUAACCGUAAAUGGAUAACCGCCAAAUAAUUAACUCACGGCAAACAAUUACAAGAGGUAACUGUGUGAGGAAAGCUUAAAAAAGCCCCCUCCUCGCGACCCAUUUUAAUAUAUUUUGAAUUUAGAAGCAAACCUUCACUCGUUACUGUCAUUUGCAUGAACCCUCACUCGCCCAACAAAUUUUAAUUUGUUGCGACAAAAUAUUGUUUUCUCAUACUCACAGAGGAAAUCAGUUUCUUUUUCUUGAUUAAUUGAUUAUUUUUCGUUUUUCUUUUGUUAUUUUACGUUAUUAUUAAUUUUUACAAAAAUUAUUUUAAAAAUAUUAUUAUUAUUUUAUUAUAUUUUUUUUCAUAAAAAUUAUUUUUAUUUUUUCAUGUUCCGGGGUGUUCCGGGAUAUUCCGGAAUGUUCCGGAAUGUUCCGUGUUCCGGGUUUUAUCGACGGCCUUUUAGAUGCAAGUAUUUCAAAGCAAACAUUUACAAUAAUGGUGAACACACCUUCCUGAAGGGUCCUCAACAGACAUCCACCUUUAAGCUUUGAGAUUACGAAACACGAAUAUUGGUUUUCGACGUUCGUCCAGGAUUUGUAGAAACUACUGUAAUACCCUCCACCCAGUCACAGUGUUAGAAAGUGUUCAUAUCUUUCUCGUGAUGUAAGGCUCUUAAGGUUACCUGAAUAAAAUGACCUUAAACUAGCGACUAACUGAAAAUUGUAAUCUGUAGUAUACGUCCGUAAAAAGAUUUAGGCGCCAAAUGUUGGUUCUCCUAACUUGGUGUCAAGUUACGUGUAUGGUGAUUUGAAUAAAUUACUCUGCAGCCGCUCACGCAAUCUUUCCCGUGUACACGUAAUCACCUAAUUCUGUACAGUAUGUCGAAAUCUAAAAAGAACUGCCUUGCAUAAUCGACACAUGGUAUAACCUAAAGCGUUUAUAACGAACGUGUGUGGAAAGAAAAAAAUGUUGUGUACUUUUUCGACUCUUGUUGAUGGAAAUUUUAAAUGCGGUGUUAGCCAGGAAUAUCCUGGUCAAUACGAAUGUAUACCUCUUGGUAAAUGCGAACGAGACAUCACGAGACACCUGGAAAUGUAUGGCCUCAGUGAAGAUCCAUCGUUGGAAAGUGAAAGGAAACUGCUACUAGCUCGUGUAGGUCAGUAAACGACAAGUGGUUGAAUUUUACUUUGUUUUGAUGUUCUGUCAGCACCUAACACAAUUCUAAUUCCGAAGGUUUUUUUCUAAUCAGGAAUUUUUUCGCCGGAUGUGUCUCAUGACCUUAUAACUAUAUGUCCCCGUCAUCGGGCGGAAUAUGGUAUAAGAUGGAGAACAGGGAAAACUAUGUGUUCGGUUCCAAGCCCAAUGAUCGCACAUAAGUCAGCAAAAGUAAAAGGAACACGCAGAAUAAGCAGUCAACUAUCUUCACUUAUUUUGAAGGAAACAGGCCAGCUAAUUGUUGUUGGAUCGCGUAAGUGAUUUUUACGUUAUGUCUUGUAAUUUUACUGAAAUUCUUAGGAGAGAUUGAACGCUCUGACUCUGUUAGUAACAAACAGCGGCUGGGUAAGGAAGUGAUGGAAUACAGGGGUGGUUUAUUCACCAGCUGGAAGUUCGGCUUUGUUUUUGAUUCUCGGCCGCAUGACCUUCAACUUCCUGCGCUUGAGCUUUUGCACAUUGCAUUUGAGUUCUUUAUGGAAAACUGAUACCAAGUUCAGGAGCCCAUAAGAAGAACCCCAUCUCUAUUAAGCCACCCCUCAGGGGAGUAGGUCCCCCAUCUCUAUUAAGCCACCCCUAGGGGCCUUAAUCGAGGAUUUUCUAACAUACUAUUAUUUCACAUUAGCUAUUUGCUCGACUUGCUUUGGACAUCUGACGAGGGAAGAGGAAAAACGUCUAGUGGGCGCUGGAGCAAUAAAGAAGGGAUCAGAAGGACCUAAGGAAGCUAAAGCUGAAGAGGAGAAGUUAGAAGGAUCUAUGGAAAGUGGGGAUGAAGUAAAGAAUUUAGAAGGACUCUUGGAAACUGGUGAUACAAGGCUGGUAUGUUGAUAAGCCUAUAAAAUAGGUUAUUUACUCAAAAUAUUUCUCCGUUAUUGAUUGGCUCAAACCCCCCCCGCCCCUAACCCCCACCCAACCUCCCCCCCUAUUCUUUGUAAACAGCAAACAUUGACGACGAUUGUGAUAUCUUGAAAAAGAUGUCAAUAUCACAGGAAAGACGCCAGAAAAAGAAAGGUCAAUUGAGAAUUACUGGGGUCGAGUCGAGGUUGCCACUAAGCGUAAGCCAGUUCCUGUAACGCAUGAAGCACCAAAAGAAAUGAUUUUAGGCAGACCGAGGAAGGUGAAUUCGGCCGAGGCUGAAAGGCUGAACUUCAACCCAAUCAAACUUAAAGAAGCAAAAAGCUGUGAAUAAAGUGCCAUCAAACGAGCAAAUUGUUCACCUGCGUCUUCGAUGCGGUUUUUUUUUUUGUCAAACUGUAUUAUCCUCUUAUCCUUACAAAAUCGAAAAAUGCGGCAAACCGGUUUAAACUGUAAUGGGAAUUAAAAGGAUUCUCUAAUUUUUUAUUUAUUUUAAACUGUGUAGGAAACUGAGGAGGCGACAUCUGCAGACAGUGAUGUCUCUAGUGCUGUCCUUGGUGCAUUAAGCAAGUUGGAAAUGGCCGAUGAGACCUUUUUAAGCCCUGAAACCAGGAGCACAACGUCUACUCAAAGCGAUGAAAUUGUUCCCUCCCAAGCAACAGCCGCAGAAAUGCAGCGUAGCCUUCUGAAUGAGUUCUUGGUGGCUUGGAAUAUACCGCCGCUUCAAAGAAAAUGGUUGGACUUUAGCGGUUGCAGUGAAUCCACUAAACAAAGGUAUACAAGAAGAUCAAGCGACAUCGUAGCUGCAGUGCUAAAAACAAUUUCUCCCGAAGAUGCUGGCCUUAUUUGGAGAGCCAUGACAUCAACAGCUUCCAUGAAUAAGUUGCUUGGUAUUGAAGAUAUCUCAAAAGCAGAUCAGCGUUACCUAGAAGCCCUAACAGAAGCGUAUAAUAACGCCGAUAGCUGGGAUACCCGCCGACAAAUCCUUUCUGUAAUGACUGGUGUUGCUGGUUUUAAAAUUUUAGCCGGGUAGGUACCGGUACUCUAUGGCAAAUCUGCACCGCCUUCAGUUUGGUCGAGGCGCACCUGUACCUCCUCGGGUGUCAACAAGAAUAAAAGUAGAUCUAAAACAGUUAGAUCAUUUUCCGUGCUUUAUCACAAGCCCACACUUAGUACAAGAUCUUCCGCUCGGACAGAAACAGUUGACUCUUUCGACGGGUCACGUCAUUAAAGUCCCCAACGUGAUAAGAACCAUGAUACCUCAACGAAUCGUGCGUCAAUAUACUCAGUACUGUGAAGAGACUGGCUUUAAGCCUUUUAGUCAAAGCACGAUGUUGCGCGUUUUGUCUCAAUGCAGUGCGUCAGUAAGAAAGUCUCUUCAGGGACUCGAUUACUAUGCCGCGGAUGGUACGCGAGCAUUUGAUGACCUGAUAUCACUGGUGCGUAAAAUAAAUGAAGUGGAAAGUGACAUGGAUUGGGAAAGACGAAUGAUCGAGUCGCUCAAAGCUGCUAAGCUUUAUCUAAAAGGAGACUACAAGGUAUGUUUUAAGCAAACAGAAAAAUUUGAUGGUUAAUGCAUUAAUAAAUUUGGAGUAUUGAUAAGUAUAGGUACAUUUCACCUCAGUUCCCGCCUAAUCGUUAGUUACCUAUAAGAUACUGGAGACAUCAUUGUUUACAAACAUUGUAAUUUGUAACGAGUGAAACAAAAUAGUCUUUUGUUACAAGAACCAAAGCGCUUCUACCCUGGAAGAGACUUUUCUUGCCUGGUUUCCGGUUUCUGUAAAGCCUUAACAGUGAGCCGCAUUUUUCUCAAGACUUCGGCCGUCGGCCGACGCCGAGGAUUCCCGCAGGCCCUCCGCGCGCGAAAAAAACCCUGGUACCCAGGGUAAUGCACUUCUUGUUGGCACAUUAAUUAUAUCAAUAGGUGAGGUAAGCUUGAGUAUCGCUAUAUCCUCAUCCCAUGUGGGAAAACGUUUGUGUGAAAAGCGUAUAACUUGGGUAGCAAGCACAUACAGGCGCAAAAAAUGUGAACCGCUGUUGUGGAGUGUAGGUGAUCGCCCGAAAUAAGUUGAUUAAAUGAGGCUUAUUGCUUUUGCAAUGAAUUGAUUUGUUUGCAGGUGCAUUUGGAGAAGGAAGCUAGCAUACCAGAUCACCGUGUAGCGUUUUCAUUGAGCGAUGCUAGCGAUCCAGACUACCUGGUGCAGUGCCAACACAAUAACGAAGAUAUCUGUGAGCAGUGUGAAGCGCUAAACGAAACUUUAAGGGAAACUGACAGUCGCAUUAACUGUUGCCAUUUUUCAUCUGAUGACGAGCGUGAAGAAGCGAUUUACAUUAUGCAGUCAUCGAAGCUUGCCAUCCGUUCAUGGCAGUGCCACAUAUUACGAUCAUUUAACCAAGACCAUGCGCGACUGGACUUUCUUGACCUUCUUGACAAUGAGACAGUACUCAUUGUCAACGACUGGGCGAUGAAGUUUCUACCACAGAGGUACCGAGAAUCGCAGUCUGACUGGUUCGGAAAGCAUGGCAUAUCUUGGCACAUUUCCGUGGUCUAUAGAAGAUCUGACAGUCAGUUACAGUGGCAAGGAUAUGUUCACAUCAUCCAGUCAUGCAGUCAGGACAGUACCUCUGUGAUAUCAGUCAUGCAGGAUGUGCUUCGCUCUAUCAAAUCCGAGUAUCCAAACGUAACGAAGGCCUAUUUUCGGCAGGACAACGCUGGAUGCUAUCAUUCGUCCGCAACGAUCCUUGCGUGCCCUGUAGUUUCGAGUUCUACAGGAGUCCAGAUCAGACGCAUUGAUUUCAGUGAUCCACAAGGCGGUAAGGGAGCUGCAGAUCGCCUUGCAGCCACAUGUAAGGCUCACGUGCGCAUUUUCAUCAAUGAAGGCCAUGAUGUCACGAAUGCCACUCAAUUAAAAGACGCUCUUGUCUCACAUGGAGGAAUUGAUGGCGUCCGCGUAGCGUGUCUGGAAGCAGUCACAACGGCAUCACCAAUCAGCGAACCAGCGAAGAUCCACCAUGUCAGUAAACUCAACAACUUUGAGUUUACAGAAGGUGGUAUCAAAGCAUGGAGGGCAUAUGACAUUGGCAGAGGAAAAGAAAUCAAAGCCGAUACUUCGACAACAGGUAACGCACAGUCUUGAAGUUUUUGUUUUUGUUGUUUGUAUUUGGGACUGCCGACUAUUUUAAAUUUUCAUUAAAAAAACUUAAGGAUAGCUAAGAAACCCCUACGUAACCGGGAAGAUCAACUCAAAAGCAAUAAGAGCAAUGGAAAAAAUAAUACCAAUAUAGCAAUACAUACAAAGCUCCUUAAACUGAAACACAAUAAAAUAAUAUCUAUCUCUACACUGAAUUUGUUCGUUUACCCAGUGUCGUUUUGACACUUAUAAAUUUCCCUAUUUACAGAAUCCGAAAACAGGUGGCUAGAAUCUACAUUUUCUCCGGGGAAAUUCAAGUCUUUCGGCCAUAAAGAGAAAAAGCAUGUUGACCACGACGAGUCUCCAAAACAAGAGAGAGAUCCAGUGACGUACAGGAGAGUCAGACCAACCAUGGUUUAUACACUUGCCCCGAGAGUGGAUGUACAAGGGUUUUCCAAAGACAUUUGGCAUUAACGAAACAUCUGUCCUCUGAGAAAUGCAUACGGUCCUUGGAAAAACACACUCUUAUGGAUCUUGCUAAGCUUGGCUAUCAGCAGGUUUUAGAAGAGGGUGUCGGUGUCGUACCAACCUUAAGAACCACCAGCGUCGCAAACAAACAAUCCAGAGAACGUUUAACAGAGGGAUGGGCGUUGCGACCAGCUAAGAAGGCGUACCGUUUUAGUGAAAAGCAGAAGGCCUAUCUCACUGCUAAUUCAACAUUGGUCAGUCCACUGGACGGAAAGUCGACGCAAGUCUUGUAGCACGUGAUAUGAGACGUGCCCAUGGUUCGAAUGGCGAGCGGCUUUUUAAAUCAACCGAAUUUCUGACCUCUCAGCAGAUAUCUUCAUAUUUCUCUCGCCUUUCCGCGACAACUCGCCAACAGACCCUCACCCAUGAAGCCGACCUUACCGCCAUUGAAGAUGAAAUAAACUUUUCCACGGCCAGAGACCAAGUGAUGGCUACUGUCACACUCCAACAUCCCAUUGUUUUUGACCAGUACAACAUCUGUGCCAUGGCAGAAGAAGACACAUUAAAGAGCUUGAAGGUUUCGUUGUUUCAGGUGAUUUGUCAAGGCCUCAAUCUUGACAUUCCCGAUCUACCAAUUCGCCGUAAAGCUCCAUACCUGAAGUUGCUCAAAGAAGCCAUCAGAAAUUGUGGAUGCCAAAGCCAAGGCUGAAAUUGAGUACUGAAUAGGUGACGCUAGUCCGGGGGGGGGGUGGUACUCCUGAAAAUUCUUGGUGGGGGUGUGCCGCCCGUUUCUCCUAAAUUCUGACCCUACUCAAGACCAAAAAAUGUCAUUUUCCACACCCGUUUUCAGACGCGACCACUAAAAUCCAUACCCGUUUUCAGACCUGGCCUUUAGGUUAAAAUUAUGUUAUCAUUACUUAGAUUAAAGCGUAAACAAAAAAAAAUUAAAUCCAUCUCGAAUUCGCAUAAUUAUCUUUCUUUCGUUCUCAUUUGGAAUUGAAACGAUAAAAACUUUCAUACACUCCCGUAGUUCCUUCGAAAACCAUACCCGAUUCCAUACCAAACUGGGCAAAGUGUGUACCCAUAUGGCAUAUACAUACCUAUAUGGCUUGUAUAAGGGAAUACCCCCCCCGGGACUAAGUCCUGUCCCCGUUUUUUACUUGGCACCAAUCUGUCGGUCGUUUUUUAAGUGAUAUUUUACGAAAGUAAAGAAAAAUAGGUGGAGAUCUUAGGCUCGGUUUGGGCCGCUGCUAUUGUUAAAUUUUUGGGAAUUUUGGCGCGUCGAUGUGGUAGUCAAAAAGUAGAGAGGUAAGGGAGAGAGAUUAGGAUACGAAAGAUACCGUGGGCUUUGACCGUGGGUCCCGAUUUUCUUUCUUUCUAAUAGAAACACUCUCAAUAACAGGUCAAAAAUUUUCUAAGUGUCUUAAAAAUGGCAGUGACCGUUUACGAAAGGGACAACUGCUUAGCCGCUCCCUCCUCUCUGAGAAGAGACUUUUUGGGGGAGGAGCGCGGGCUCAUUUCCUAAGCAACUGCUGGUAAUCGAGCCUACGAAAAUCUCAAAUACUUUAGUUGUAAGAGACGGACCAUUACAAAAGUUAUGGAGGUGGAGUAUUUUAGAGCCGCAUGUCGAAGAAUACUUUAUCGUUGACAUUUCCCUUACUUGAACUUUGUUAGGCCAAUGCGGGAGUAUUUUUAAGGCUACUCGGCGUGCAUGAAGUAUUUUUUCAGAAUUUUUCCUUGCAUACUGGAAAAAACGGGAAAUUCUGAAUACAAGAUGAUGUUUUUGUUAAUGAAAAUUUAAACGGAGAUGGCUUGUGUGCUCCAGGAGAUUCUGUUAGUUUUAAUUGCACAGUCCUUCUUUAUUCAUUGACAAUUGUGCGAUGUUUUGCAGGUGACUACCUUAAAAGAAAUAACUAAAUAAUAUGUUUUGUAUUUCAUUUUCAACCUCGUUCCCAGGGUCUUCUCGCUUUCCAAUAUGGCGGCGGCAGGAGAGAAGACCCUGGCACACAGCAGAAAUCACGUGACUGAUUUGUCCACGGAGAGUGGAAAUUUAUUCAAAAUGGCGGCCAAGAUAAAGAGUGAGAGGAUCUGGGUAAGAGGUCUUGAGACUGGUAAAAAACAAACAAAAUGGCGGCAAAGGCAAACUCAAAAGAAGCUGAAAAUAUGAAAGAAUACACUUACAAGCCACAGGAAUACGGUAGAAUGAUAUAGCGAUCUUAUUUUCUGUUCAAUGACCUUAAUUUUUUUUAAGCCUGAACGUUCUGUAGCGUACACGGCACUCGAUACCGACCUUUUUCACUGUUCACUUUUUUUGCCCACCCUGAGUGCCAGAGGUUCAGUUUUCUUUUUUCGUGAAAGGGGGAGCUUUUUCUAACCGUGAGCGCAAUUUAUUUCAUCUUAGGAAUUUCGAGAACAGACUUAGAAGCCUGGGAAUUUUUUGUCAUGACGCUCUAAAACCUCUUCCGUUCCGAAAUUCAAUGAACUAAGCAUUAACUUAUAUAACGGACACUUUAAGCUGAUAAGUUAUCGUCAGUUUUGUUACAGAUCUUCAUGAGGUUUUUGACUAUUGUUUUUCUGUCUGCACUCAUUUUAACUGAACUCUGAUAUGUAAAAAAACAAUUUUUUUUUCUCAAAACAAGAACCAGAGAACACUAUUUUGCUAAGACAAUUCAAGGAAACUUUGGUUGAAAAUUAAACAGUUCCUUUUCAGUUUGGAUAUUUUGUCACUUGAUCUGGUUCAGGUAAUAAAAUUAUUGUCAAUCUUCAUCUACCUCACAGUUUUUAGACUUUCUUAUUGGCUUUGAUAUCUAAUCCUGUUCACAAUGCUUCCGGGCAAUAGAGUUGGGGGCCUUAUUUUAUCUAGCAAAGACGCUGAUAUUAGUUCCCCACACAAAAAAAAUGCCAACUGAAAAAGCCCAAGUACAAGAAGGUUGGAGGUCAAGCAGCCAAUGAUAAAAAACAAAUCCGAACUUCCAGUUGCUGAAUAAACCAUCCUGGAUCGGUCCACACAAAGUUUUACAGUUGUCAUUGAUUGAUACAGUCUUUUAUUUAUUAGUGAAGAAUAAGAAAAGGAGGGAAGGUGGGAUGGGGGUUAAAAGAGAGGGGGGCUCAUUGUUAAAACUUUCUUCCACUGAAAAGGAGGGCUUAUUUGAGAGAGUGGGGCCUUAACAGAGGAUUUAAUAUGUUGUUGUUGUUGUUUUUUUUUUGCCUCUCAGAUGUAAAAAAAAGCAUUAACCCCGCUUUAAUAGCUACCACAAAGUGAAGAGUGUUUCCAUUGGUUGUAAUUAAGCAAUCCAAAAUGUAUUCUUCACUUUGAAAUAGAUUUUUAUUUUUAGAGCAAAAACGUUCUUAAUCCCUGACUUUGGUACAUUUUACAUAUUACUUGGGGCUGCACUUUGCCAUGACAACUUACAAAUUGACUAAAGGCUAGACUCCAGUUUUUCAAAAAUUUGAUAGUCCUAUCUGACUCAUGUGCACUGUAAAAGUUCCUAUCUCAUUUGGAGAUAAUAAUCUUUUAAGUCAAACACGCUUUGCGUGUCAGAUGGGCCCUUUCAUAGUCUAAUUGAGACAUAACUUGGUAGUGGUGUGCUGAUUAUCUAUCAUAAUCUAUCAUUGAUCUGAAACCUAAAGCCAAGUGAGUACUACUUAAUAUACAAACGUUCAAUAUUAUUGAUUGUUGUGGAAAAUACACAAAAACAUUGUUAACAAAUAAGGACAUGAAUACACCUGUGUUGUCUUUUUGAUGGCCUCUUAAUGUAGUUUAUAUGAUGUUUAGUUGGUUUAAAUAUGUGACAGAUAAGCUUCUGCUUGCGGGGUAGGUUUUUGUUUUAUUCACUUACAAAAGUAUUUUCAGUGUUGAAAGUGGUACACAGGGGUCACAAAACUAUUAUCUACUAUAAUUGAUUAUCAGUUUAAUAGUUGGGUUAAUCUGAUUAUUUCUGAUGAUAUGAUUAUGAUACAGACACUAUGACUAAGACUAACCAACACCUUAAAGUAGACUUUGGAAGUAUUUGAGCCAGCACAUCUAACAGCUGCAUCCUCACAGCCCAACACCUAUACAAGCUAAAAGCCUUCCCUUGGCCCUGUGGGGCAUUUUCCCAGGUCUUCUUGGUCAAUUCAUUUCUGUGACUUAUCUUAGGCAAACUGGAGGGAAACUGUUUCACUAUAUUGCUUGGGGCCACGUGACCCGAAAAUCAUUGGCCAUGACUAGGCAACUAAAAGCUCACCAUGGUAAUGGGGACUCUGGCGCAAAACACUUCAAAAGCCUUGGCAUCCCUAAAUGAAAAAUCCCGGGAUCAAGAUGCUGCAGGCCUCUUCUGCUCUUGUUUAUUCAGUGGAUAGUGAUAUAUGCACCCUUUGAAGCAGUUUAUUUUUUUAAAUCCAAAUUUUAGAACUGAAUUAUAGCUGCUUCAUAAUCAUACCCAGCUGGUUUUGGAAUACUACAACGCCAGCCACUAUUUCACCUGGUCCACAAACCCCCUUUUCAAGCAUAUGGUGACAAGAACAACAUGCAGUGACAAGAACAACAUGCACACUUAGCCUACAGUAACUAGAAGCUCAAUUAACAGGUUUUGGUUUGACAGAAAACGUAUUUAUCUUAGGAUCACUGUCACCCCAUCUAAGGGAAUCUGGAAUCUGGGAAAUUUUUCUCUUGGAAACUGAAAUAAAGGUCAAGUACUCUGGAUCCCACUUAUAAUUGGAAUCCAGAAUCCAAGUUCCACUGACAAAGAAUCCAGAAUGCAGUAUCCAUGGAGCAGAAUUGAGAAUCCAAGACUGUCCGAUUUCCUUGCAUGGGCUGAUCAUUAUUUUCAACUUGAUAAAAUAAAAGACAUCAUGUGCUUUCAUUAUUUUAUUUUUGCAACUAGAAAGACUAACUAGAAAUAUGCAAGUUUUUCAUUUCUGAGAAAAGGAAACAGUUUAUUUUCCCAAUGUCUCUGUAUUUAGCUGUAUUUUACUGCCUAUGAAAUGAGCAAAUAAUAAUAAAUUAUCAUUAUUGUGACACUAAAAACUGAAUAAAUGAAAAGUCAGGAUUAAAAAUAUCGAAGGAUAGCGGCAAUAUGUUUGGCUUCAAUUUCUAGUUUUGUUUCGACAUCUGCCUCUCUCGCUCCUCAUGCCCCUUCAAAAUCACAGUGAAAAAAAUUAAAAGAAGGCCAGGUUAGGUCCAUGCAUGUUACGAUCAAAUGAAAAAAAAAAUGCUUCACUGGACAAAAAACUGCUGAGACAAACCACAGAUUCAGAUUAUGCACGAUUUCCGUAUAACCCCAUACAUUAAUAAUAUUAUGCAUACAGCUAUUGUUCAAAGAAAACAAAAGGCAGUUUGCAAACGGACAGCUAAAUUUAUUGAUAAGCUGAAGCCUUGCAAGUAUUCUUUGACAAAUCGGGAAUUAAAGAAACAAAUCUUUAGUAAUUUAGAACACACAAACCAAAUAGAACGAGCAACAGAAAUACUUCUACGCCUCAUAAUAUUCCCUGCGAUUACCAUUUCAGAUAUCACUAUCUUCGAAUCUUUGCCUUCCAACGGUACAGUCACAGUUUUCCGAACAAUCAGACCUGAAUUCUGUCCACCUUUUUGGUCUCAAACACUGAAGAAAGCACUUCUAAGCCUCUACGAAGCCCUCAAAUGUUAACCAUCUUGGAAGGAAUAAACCAAUGAGAGCGCACGUAUGAACGCACCAUGGAAUGCACCAAUCAGCGAUCGUUUUAGUUCGCUGUGUGCCAGGGUCUUCUCUCCUGCCGCCGCCAUAUUGGAAAGCGAGAAGACCCUGGGAACGAGGUUGUUUCAUUUUCACAAACCGUGUACCGCAAAGCACGUGACUUGAAAAAUGUGACAGGUAACACAACACCAAAAAAACGAGAUGAAUUGGCUUCUUCGUUUUCUGUGUUUAUGGGAGGAUUAUUAACUCCCUAUCUAUAGUUCUAGUAAACAAAUAAGUUAGUCUUUUUUAAUGAAAUGUAUAAACAAGACGGAGGGUUUUACUCUUCUCCUGUGGAACUUGGAACAUGUAACACGACAUAAGAUCAGUAAGUAAACAUUCCUGAUAUUUACAUAAUUAAAACUUUGCGAUGCGGGAAAUCUAAUUCUCAAGUUAGCAUUAUACUUUUUAAAGAUUAUUGUAAUAUAUGUUUUAUUUCGUUGAAUCUUGUUUCGGUUUUUUGGACUUAACAUUGAGUACGAUAGCCAAGGGACGGACCAUUUAAAAUGGAACUGUCGAUGGCCGGCCCGCCUCUGCCAUUUUAUUUCUUAUCUCUUGUAAUUUUAAGGGUCACUUAUAAAAAUAAACUUACAAUGGUUCAUUUCUAUCAUACCUCAAAAUAUCAGUCUACUUUACUGACAUUGUUUGCUUGCUCCAUGGUACAUUUUGAAAGCUUCUUUAGAAGCUUUUUUACCUCCGGAACCAUACACACGAGUUGCGAUGCAUCCGAGGCGAUUUCAUGACCCUAGCCCUCCAGCCCUUUUAUAGCUUUUUUAUUAUUAUUGGACGGAUAAUUUCGUUUUAUUAGUCUCUCAGAUAGAAAUACCUGUUAAGGUAACAGAAUUUUAUCAAUUUUUUGCGCUUUGAGGGGUAAGUUAUAACUUCCGUAUGAUUUUCUCCUCGAUUUGCAUAUGUUUUCCUUUGUUUACAUUCCUGUUCUUGUCGCGGACAGGCGACUUAGGGGGCACAAGUUGAAAUUUUAUUACUCGCGCGCGUUUAAAUUCGCAGAGCUAAAACUUCACGUGUAAUUAAAAAAAUAACAGGUCUUUCGUUUGGUAUAGUAGUUUUUUCAAUUUGUGACAUACCAGGAUCGACUUUUGACGGUUGAAGUUGGGCGUUAUUUUGACUGCCAAAACAACACACAAUCAGAGCGCACACAAUAAAAGCCAGAAACUAUAUCAAAAUAGUUAUUUUGCAAAACCUUUUUACGGGGUCUUGAAGCUGUGGAUGUCUGCUAAAUACGUGAGUAACAUCAAGUCAAUAGGAGCUUUGGCGCGCUUGUACUGUUUCGUUGAAAUAUGUUGAAAGUUGCACCCGUUUCCCGAAUUAAAAAAUGUAUUUUUUGCGAAUUUUGGAACUUUUCUAAAAUUCUCAAAAUGUAAAGCGCUUGGAGAUUUCUUAAUAUCGUUUCUUGAAAUAGUUCCCCUAAAAGGAUGUUUGGGUGGUAUCAGCCAAAAUUGGAAUUUUUGGAACUGAUUUGAGAUUCUCGAUAUUUUCCUACAUUGGCUCUUAAGAGCCUUCUUGAAAGCAUUAACUGAAGAUAUAUUUCUAAUAAAAAGAGGAAGAUCGUUCCAUAAUUUAGGGGCAGCCAUAUAAAAAGAUCGAUCACCAAGCGUGGAAAGAGACUUGCAUGGUGGAAUGUUAAGAAGUUUGCCGUUAUUUGAUCUAAGAUAGUACCUACCCCCUGUGUCUUUCGGUGAUACAAGUUCGGAAAUGUAAGUCGGAGCAAGUUUAUGAAUGGCCUUAAAAGUUAACAAUAAAAUUUUAAAAACGAUUCGAUAUGCUACGGGUAACCAGUGUAGGGCUCUGAGCAAUGGUGUAAUAUGACAAAAUUUACUUUCGUGAAAUACAAGACGUGCAGCAGAGUUCUGGACUCUUUGCAGUUUUUGAAUCUGAUACGCUUGUAAGCCAUAUAAGAGGCUAUUGCAAUAGUCAAGGCGGCUAGAAAUAAAGGCAUGUAUCAGAGUUUCAGUACAUUCUUUGCUGAGAUAUUUCCUUAUCCUCCUGAUAUUGUACAAAUAAUAGAAUGCUGCAGAGCUUGUUUUCGUUAUGUGAUCGCCCAUUGAUAGGUUAGAAUAUAACCACACACCCAGGUUCCGAACGGGAGAUUGUGGAGCAAUGUCAGAGUGUUCAACAGUUAUGCCAUCAAUUGUGAUCUAGGAAGGGAUCUAAAUAGUACGUAGCUGCUGUUAAAGUGGGUGGCAGAAUUUUUCUCCUUGCGCUUUUCUCAGGACAGCAAUCGGUCAAUUUUGCAAUUCUUGACUCUCCGUUAUCAAUAGAAAGGGGGUGGAUGUUCUACUGUUAGCUCUCUAUCAAUCUGCUUCCAGGCUGUCCAAAUACUUUAUUCAACAUUCCAUGGCCAAUAUCACAGGAAUACUCGAUUUUUGUUAUUGGUUUUUAUUUUCUUUUUCGCCACCUGGCAGGCCUGUCAUUGGCUUUCAAUAACUGCAUAAACUGUUUGAACUGUUGUUUUGUAAAGCAAGCAUAGCUAACAGUAUGGUAGCACUGUAGUUUUAUUUCGCCAUUUCUAUUUUUUCUCAACAGACCAAUACUUAUUUCUCGGCGGCGGCAAAGAAUUUCGUAGAAUGUUCAGAAGCCCACCACUUCACGCCGCUGAAGUGAAAUGCAUACGUUUCUGGUUCACAAGUAGAGGGAAGUAUUACAAAAGAUCUCUGCAACUGGUCGUUAACUCCUCGGACACCAAUUACUCAUCAGUUAUUUGGUCCAUAAACGAAGAAAAUCAGGAAUGGACGUAUAUCCAGCUUCCUUUACAUGAAAACGUUGGUGAAGUGUUCCAGGUAAUAAAUGAGAACAGCAAGAGUAGUGCUCAUUUCUUGAACUUACAUCAACGCUAUUCGCCUACCAGCUUGAAAAACGUUCAGUUAAAGAAAGUGAGACAGUGAGACAGUUUGCUGUAGUUGUAGGACCUAAAACGUCCUUGAAAGAAUCAUCCAACUUAAGGGGGAAAUUCUAUCCAUCUCUGCGAUCGUGGCAGAAGGCGAACCACAGGGCCAAGACCAUAUCUUUUCUGGCAUUCUUUUUUUUUUUUUUUGAAACUACCAUGCCCGAAAAAGGGUGAAUUGAACUCCUAACAUAUUCUGAGAGAGAUACUGGCAUCAACUUUGAAUAACUUAGAAAAAACAAUGGGAAACGAGAGUCUGUGGGGGGCUGUCUGGUAUGUACAGUCAAUCCCUUGGGAGUGGCACUGAGUGUCCGUCUUGGAAACGUUCCAAAAAAUACAACAGAACAACGGCAGGGAUCAGUUCUAGCUAUCCAUUGUAGGGACGUGUACAUCUUAUAUUAAGUGAGAGUUAACUGUAUCUCAAGCGCAUACAAUAGAUGACGAUGUGAAUGCUUAGACGUACACUUGUAAAUUGUUUUCUAGACAAUUAGCAAUUCCAAUAGAAAUAAUUUGGAACUUUAGAAAGUUUUUGUUUUCAUCAGUGUUUAUUUAUUUAUUUUAUUUACAGGUGAUUUUUGUUGGAUUGAAGCAACAAAGUCAACCAACUUUAAGUAUCGAUGACAUUUCCUUUUCUAAUGAAGUCUGUGCUGAAAUAGCAUGUAAGUAACCUAAAUAUCAAAAGUAUCUUUGCUUGACGAGUCAUGUACUGUUUGAAUUGAGAUAAAUCGACUCAUCUACUGUCUGAAUAAACAAGUCUACUUUACUUGCAGCCUCCAUAAAUUGUCACAACUAUGUAAUUUUGAACGAAGCCAAUCGAUCAGUGAAAUACUCUCAAAGUGCAGAUAUGUGUGAUGACGACCUUGACUUUAGCCGCUGGUACAGGAUUGCUGGUGCAGCUGGUAAUCAAAUCCCAGAGAGGAAAGUUUCUUCUCGACGUUGUGGUGCGAGAUAUCCUGGAUGGAUGAAUGGAAGUCAUCCCUCUAUGGAAGAAAAAGUUGUUUCGCUUAAUGUUUGCUUUGUCUUGGGGGACCGCCCCUGUCGUUGGAAAGUCCCGAUAAAAGUUCAAAACUGUGGCGAUUUUUACGUAUACAAACUGACUGCUCCUACGUAUUGCAAUCAACGAUACUGUGGGUAUACAGCGAAAGGUUUGUUAAUUAAAAUUAUUUUGACUACGCAUAUUAUGGUUUUUAAAGGCCGAAUGAGUGUAGUAUUUGUUGGACUAAUAAGUUUACGAUCAUUUUUUACCAUUUUGCUAUCUCCUCAAUAAUUAAUUGGGACCAUAGGCCACCGUAAAUGUAAUUUCCUCCUCUGAUGCUUCUGCUACGAAAGUUCCGGCAUUAUUAUGCACUGAAGUAGUGUCACCACAGGGAAAAUCCUUACCAUAUUCUCAAGAAAGGAGAUAAAAUAAUAGAAACCAAUUUAAAAUAAUCUAAGAGGUAGUUUAAAAAAAAAAAAACUUAGUUCCUGAUGCUGGCUUCUGUGUGAGAAAGCAGGAAUGAUUUGAUAUGUCUAGUAUAAAAGACCAAUCUGUCCACGCCGCUAAAUCCGGCGCUCCCAUUUAAGAUCGGCAGGAAAAGACAAUUUUUUUAAGAACAUGUCAUCUCAAGAACAGCAAAAAAAUCAUUCAUUCGACAAUCCGAGUGAUCAAUCCUGAAGUAACAAACACGGAUAUAAGACCAUAGGAAGAUUUAGUGAGGAUCUACGGCAUCGACACAUGAUACAUGAAAGUCAUUUUUUGGGUCUUGAUCUAGUGCCAUUUUUCCUUUUCGCAGGUCAACCCAUGUAAGCAUUUGGGUGCGGUGAUCGUUCUCACGAGUACAAGGCCAAGGCCUUGAAGUGUUCAUUGUAGCGUGUGCACACGUUCCUUGUAUUUCUCAGCCAUGUUAUUCACAAGUCACCGCUUUGAAGAUCCAUAAUUCCCUACUGCACACAUCCACCUCAGAUUAUCGCAAAAGGAAUAGGAAUUUUUCAGACUCCCUUCUUACAAUAUGAUUGCUCUCAUUAAGCACACUUUAUAUGUUGCACAGGAGACGAAAUAAGGAAUGACCAAUCUGAGGAAUGGUGGGGAUGGGUAAAUGAAAAUCAGAGCAGAGCACAAUGGAAGCUGAAAAGCGCUGAAGAGAUGAGAAGACUUGACAAAGAUAUCAGUUACCUUGAUAACAAUCACACUAAAGAACAAGGUAAAAAUAAAGCUCGGCAAACCUUAAUCACCAAAUCAAAUCGUGAGACAAUAUGUAUUGUUAUAUUCCUAGAAUUUCACUCAACUAAACAGGGACUGCCAUUGGUUCAUUCUUGGUCACGUGGCCUUGACUAAAAUCAAAUGUAUCCCGAUCGUGAUACAUUAAACAAUGUAUCCCGCUCGGGAUACAUUGCAGCACGUGAUCAAAGCAUGGUGGAAAGUGGCGUGACCGAAGGAGGGAAAAACACCGCCAGGUUCUGCCAGUUUUCUUUUUCGUGAAUGAACACAACAACACAAUCACGAAGCCUCAAGCUAAAAAGCAACGAUUUUUAAAGUUAUCCCAGAAGUUCCCAGAAGAAAAACAGCAGCUAGUGGAGGAAAAAUAUGCAGAUGAUAUAAGGAAAGUACUUUUGUUUGUAAAUCAUUCGUUCAGUGGUUUUGAGAAUUAAAUUUGUUUGUCAUAAGUACCGAGUCGACUGUUUUGGUUCGUUUUCGUUCGCUCCGGUUAUUCUUUUGUUGCUGUUGAAGUGAAAGUCUAGAAAUAUAACAAAACACUUAAUGUCAGAUCCCUCGGGAAACCAGUUACUUUUGUUUUCCCUCGAGUCCUGAUGUUUCCCUCGACUUCGUCUCGGGAAACAUCAGGACUCUCGGGAAAACAAAACUAACUGUUUCCCUUGGGAUCUGACAUUAAGUGUAUAAUAUGAAGCGUCUAAACUACUGUGUUUCCGAAUGGUAUCUAGAGGAAAAUCGGAAAUGAAAAUCGCAUAGGGUUCUCGAAGUUGUCAGGUGCUUGAGUGGUUCAAAACUGAACAAAAUGUAUUCAAUUUCAUACUUGUUUUGUCUUCUCUUUCAAGUUUACAUUUAACUUCUUUUUUUAUUAUUUUUAGGAGGCCAAGAGCCAAAAUUCGAAUGCCUUUUUCGAUUCGAAAACAUAGUUCAAGUGGCGGUUACAAACCCUUCUCCUUUGGCUGCAAUGUCUUUUUGCUUAUGGGUAGCGAGCAGGUCUGAACUGCAUAUCGAAUAUAACGUCUCCUCAGACAAACAGCAGUAUCUUGCCUUUGGGUUAAUCAGCCAUCACAGAGUUGAGUUGAUCUUUAUGGAGAAAACCAUGCGGUAAGUAUUAUUGCUAUUUGCAUUUGUAGUUGUUGUUGUUGUUGCUGUUUUCUGUAAGCUCGUAGCUUUAUCCAGUAAUGAUCUACCGGACUAAUAGACGGAGCACAAUGGGUAAGAAAAUUUGAUAAACUAUCCAUCCGAGAAAAUUUGGUUAUGACGUAGCGCGCGAACGACGGUCCGUACACCCACUACAUGUAAGCCGAUGCCAAAUGUCAGGUUGUUAUGGCAGGAAAGCGUAUGACCACCCGCGUGUUGUGACGCAGACACAACUAAAGAAUCAAUAAAGACGAAAACAGAAAGCGGAAAAUGUUUCUGUAUCCGUGUUUUUUUUUUUAAGUAUUAAGCUUAGAUUAAUUAUCAUGUCCACAAAUUUGGAAUAUAGAGAAAGAGGAAGACAGAGAAAAGGAGAAAGUAGGGCGACAGGCCAGCCAAGCUCAACGAGAAAAGGAGCUAGAGCGAGAGGGAAAAAAACAAAAGGAGACAUUUUCUGUUGGAGGAACGAAAUGAAAUUUUGAAGCGGCGGGAUGCUAGCAGCCACUAGGGUGAAAAUGAGUGACAGUGAAAAAAGAGUGAACAAGAACACGUCCGACAUUCCUUCCAUAAAACGUGUAACUAUGAAGUUUCUGGAAGCUUCACGUAACAGUCGUGCAAAACGACGGCAAAAAAAUGUACAAAAAAGUGUGCUGCACGUGCAAAGUUGCUUUUUUAAUUAGACCUAAUUGUUGUUUUUUACCGUUUUACCGUUCUCGUUGCCUUCGCCGCUUAGCAUUAUACGAUUCUAUAUUUUGUUUGAGCAAACUAUAAAAAUUAUAGAGAGCUUCGCUUUUAGCCCUGGCUAAAUCUAUAUAUUUUAACAUUUAAAUCAAGCAAUAAACUUGUAAUCCACAAAUCAGUUAACUUGGGAGAUCAAUAUGACCUUUAAGGGUGGAGCUGGGUGACUUAAGAAAAAAAUAAUUGCAAAUAGUGCAAGAAUAAAAAAUCUUACAUCGAGUUAAUAGUUUUAUUUGUACACCUAAUAAAUAGAAAUCACCGAGGCCAUAGUAGAUUAUCUCUCUGUCUCAGUAAAGGAAAGACCAAAAUGAAAAAUUAGGCCGGAUUUUUUUUUGUGUGGCAAAAGUACUCCUGCAUUCGAUGUUCACAGACAAAUGAAAACAACAAUUGGCAAAGCGAUACGAAAGAGAUCUUGACAACUAAGACAAGAAAUAAAAUUCAGAGAAACAUUUAAGAGGACAACAAUUUUUAUUCUGGGAGACGCGUGUUGAGAGUGAAGUGUAUCUGAAAAUCCUUAUAGUCAAGAAUAAAACCUUGCAGAUUUAAGCCUUAAGUUUUAAGCCGCCUUCGCAGUGUUCAAGAUGAACUCCAGGCAAGAAUAUCGCUGAAGGCUGUCUUUCUACAAACAAUAGGAUAACUAAACUAUUUUUCAGAACGCUGUUUUUUUUCUAGUUGCGGUCAGAAAAUGUCUAAAGACUUUUUAAGUUCUUUACUAGGUCAGAUAAAUUGUUUCAAUCUCACAAAUGUGCGUAAAAUGACGGCAUAAACUUGAAACAGAACCAAAAACACAUCAAAUGCAAUAUAAUUAUUCAAGCUUACCGGUCGAGAUGCAGCUCGGAAACCCAUCAGGUAAGACUUUUCGCAUAGACCAGCUAGGUGAAGUGAGCUUACUAAGAGUAGCUUAUUCUUGAAGACGAUGAUUUGCGAUUUCUUUUUGUCGAGAGGCACAUUUCUCAACCACAAACCAAUAAACAAGCCAGCCAAGAAUAACAAAAGAAUGUUGAUAGCAGCUGCAUUACAUUUUGUAAAUCCAGUGCGAAAUGACAGGUAAAAACAUCAAAACAUGACACAAAACUCUGUCAGCUUCAGCUAUCAGUAAACAAGUCUCGGAUACUGCAUAAGUUUCCCACUUGAAUCCUCUUCGCUAGCUCGCCUGUUAAUUCUCACUCUCUGCCUUUCUCUUCUUUCUCUUUGCCGUUGCUCUUCACUUACAAGCAGAUCCACUAUUGUUUGUAGCCAUAACAAUUUUUUUCGAAACAGUUUACUAGAAACUGCGCACCACGAUCUCAAAUCUUUAUGCUUAAAAUACUUGAAAACAAGUUUCUGAAUGCGACGACGUUGGCCACGCCAUUCCUUGCAUAAUUUCCCGCCACGAAAAACGCGGGUUGCACAAAUGCAUCGCACGAUUUAUAACCUACUCCUCCGCCCGACGGGCUGACACCUGAUUCCCUUCCCUGCCCCGCAAAGAGUGUAUUCGAAAGUCUCAAAAACAGCUCAAUUAAACUCUCUCUCUCUCUCUCUCUCUCUCUAGAAGAAAAGUAGGGCACUUUUGUAACUCUUUUCACUAAUAAAGAUAGCUUCAACAAUUCUGUUUGCUGCAAAUUCUUUCAAGGUCAGAAACGUACUUUAACACGUGUUCCCAAUGAAUGUUAGUGGUCACCAAAUUCUAAUUUAAUAUUUAUGAGCUACGCCCCCAUAUAUACCCAGGAGGUUACAAAUGCGCCCUAUGUUGUGGUAACAGCCAAUUAAAGACUAAAAACCCCAUUUCUUGGUCAAAAUGGAGCUAUUACUUUACCAUUUAUACGCCACAUGAUUCUCUUGAUUACCACAUUACUUGAAAUUUGAGUUAUAAAAGCUAGAAAAAAUCUGCCGUGUAAGUAUAUGACUCUUCAUGCCGAUGACAAGAAUCAAAGAUCGCAAAAAGGCCAUUUUUUGUUUUGCAAGUUUGAAGAAUCAAUUUCAUCAGUUAUACUUGACUAAACUAACUCAAACUGAAGUAUGAGGAAGAACAAUCAUUAGGCAAUAUAUCAACGGAGAAAGUAAGGAGAAAAUGCGCUCUUUCAUUUUUCAAUAAAUUUUUAAAGUUAUCCAUGUGCGAAAAACGGCAACGUUACAAAAGUUCCUUAUUUGCUAGAUGUUCCAACGCUGUUAAUGGGAUAUUUUUUUUGUGAGAUAAUAAACAAUAUUGUUGUCAAAUUAAAGGCUAUCAAGACAGCAACAAGUGAUGUAAAACACUCGUCCAUUCGUUUUAAGGGAAUGGAGUUACAGCUACGGAAAUUGUUUGAAACACAAACGCAAGAUAAACCUUAUGAACUGAUGAACUAGUUUGACUUACUACGGGGGUAUUUAACAGAUAUAAAUUCAUCAGUUGUAUCCUUAUCAACAUGAAGAAAUUCGCUCUCACUUGAAGCAAUUCGCUCUUACCUUAUGGAUCACAACACUGCUUUUUUUUCGAAGAUUGUGCUUAACAAUCGCUCACAGCAAUUAAUCGCUGGAUAACACAUUGAAGCACGCUGUUAGUGCGGAACAACUGAACAUUCCUUUCUCUGAUACAGUGCUUUGAGUCGUCUUUAUAGACCACUGAUCAACAAAAAGACGUUCACGCCGAUUACUUUGCAAAACCGACACAAGAAAAAGUGCAAUCUGGUCUGGCCUCAUGUUGCCUGUACCACACUACAUGUAAUAUUCGGUACUUCUUAUAGUUUGCUCGUCUAUAUUUAUAAUUAUCUUUAAAAUGUCUAGCUCCCUCUACAAUGCUUUCUGGCGUAGUAAACUGCAUAAUUACAGCGUUGGAGGCAAAAACAUACAAAGUCCUCUGUUUUUUUUUUUCAGAGAGAAUGUUAGUAUAGCGCCACACCCAUAUUUCCCCUGGACCCUCAUUUUUAGAAACUGGAUUAUGUUCGACCUCGCUAACGCUUCACACGGGUAAAAACUGUGAUAGUUCAGUGGUCUUAGACUGCUUAUUUUUUAGAGUCCAAGAGUGCGCGUUUCAUGGCUCGAACUAUUUUUUUUUAACCUCAGCCCAUAGGUUGUUGUUCAUACCCAGUCCGUGGUCCUGUCUUGCGCUUUUAUACGCACUCUUCACUCUGAAGUUCUCAGUGCGUUUUUUAAGAUACUGGCCGUUUCGCCUAUGAAGAUAUAAAACGCUUAGGUAAUAACACACACACACACACACACACACACACACAUACACAUAAACUAAAUAAUGAACCAGUCUCCCCAUCUGUUAUCUACACCAUUAAAGCACAUUUUGGUACCUUGACGCCCUGCAACAAGAAUCAUGGGAAGAUUACGUAAGGACUCAGUUUAUUUUUCCACGUGCAGUGAACUUUCAGACAUGACAGAGUUGGCUGCCGUCUCUUCGUCAUUGAAGGUAAGCUUCUUCUUUACUUUAAAAAAGCAUAAUACAUAUUAUGGUAUAAAAUUUCCGUUCUUAUGUUGAAACUUUCUUUGAACAAACGUUCUCAAACCGUGGUGAAGUUAGAUAAAAGCCUACAUCAGUUUCCAGUUUAAAUGCCGACAUGCACGAAUGUCUGCAAGUUGCGUUCGCUCAUAAUUUACGUCGACAAUAAAGAGCUAACGAGCUAACUGAUCACAGGAAAUGUAAAUUUAAAAGUUUAACGAUAUUUAUUCUUGGAACGGCAUGUUUUUUUUCGGUUCUACUAGUCUGCGACGAACACGAGAGCAUUUACGAUGUUGAUGAAUGGAAAUACCAGGCUAGACAAGGCUAUGAUUUCGCUUUUUUUGAACAAGUACCUACUCUUACAUCAACUAGAUCUUUACGAAAUGAUUUUCGUUUGAUAAUUUGCAAAACAAAUCCGAAACAAAUAAUGUCAGGAAAAAUAAAUGUUAACAACAACUAAGCUAACAAGCUAACUGAUCACUGGAAAUGUAAAUUUAAAAGUUUAACAAUAUUUAUUCUUGAAACGGCAUGUUUUUUUUUUUCGGUUCUACAAGUCUGCGGCGAACACGAAAGUACUGUUUACGAUGUUGAUGAAUGGAAAUACACAGGCUAGACAAGGCUAUGAUUUCGCUAGUCUUAUAGCAACUAGAUCUUUACGAAAUGAUGUUCGUUUGAUGAUUUGUAAAACAAAUCCGAAAAAAAAAUGUCACGAAAAAUAAAUGUUGACAACAAAAAGCUAACGAGCUAACUGAUCACAGGAAAAUUUGUAAAACAAACCUGAAAAAAAAUAAUGUGCCGAAAAAAUAAAUGUUGACCAUAGAGAGCUAACGAGCUAACUGAUCACAGGAAAAGUAAAUUUAAAAGUUUAACGAAAAAACAAAUGUGACAAAAAUAUCAGGAUUUGAAGAGAGAAUUAGAAGAAUGUCGGGUGUGAAAAACAUUGACUUGUCACCGGUUGUACUAAGAAACUUAGACAGUUCCUCGAAAAAUCGGGGUUUAAGGUUAAGAUAACAGACUGCUAGAGAGAAAUACGCUAUCAGGAAAAUUCAGGAUUCUGAGGAGGGUGCUUGACUUCUAAAUAACUGGAGAUUGUUCCAAGGGACCACUGGUUAGUUUUUAUGACUCGCUCCCUUUGGAUGUAUUUCGGCAUGAGCUCAUAGCUAAAUAGCUAAUUAUAAUUAUGUAAAUACUAAUAUUUUUAUUUUUAUUUAGUAAUAAUGAUAAUAGCAAUAACAAUUAUAAUACAGUUAUAUUAAUAAAGUCAAAUUCUUUUGGUAGGUUUUAUAUUUCACAAGGCCUUUUUUUGUUCUACUAGUGCUUCUUAUUUUCAUUUUUUUCUUUUUCUUCUUUCAGUCGUCUAUUUGCUGGCUAAACGCAGAUAUGGAUCCAUUAGACGUAAGUUUUUCUCACAGCGACAUACGUGAGUCUCAAUACGCAAAGAUCUACUUCAUUAGAUCAAGAGUUGAGACACUGAUCCUAUAAGCUACAAGUGCGACAAAAACUCAUCAAUACCAAUGCACCACCUUAAAUGUCCAUGGUGCAGGGUUUCUUAUUCUGGCAUCCUCUGCACUAAGAAUCAUUUUUUUUUUAUUGAUCUAUUUUGUGGUGGAAAUAUAGUUAUACGUAUCCAGAUCUCUUGUCGAUGAGGACGAAGAUCAAAUAAGAAAAUUUGAUUUUUCUGAUCGGUUAAAUUCUGAGGGAGUGAGAUGAGUGGUUUAAAUUGCGCGCGUUAAGACGACGGUCUAAGACGUGAGCAAUUCAUUCUUCGCAAAGUCUUCAGUUUUGUUCAAAAAAUAUUUUGCUCAAAAUUAUAAAUAGUUUCCGUGUCAAUAUAGCUUGUAAAACUCUUUUUAUCUUACCUUGAAAAAACGUCUUAGGGAGCGGUCAUUAACUAUUGGGGGGGAGGGCUGCGAUUUUUUGGGCGCUCAGUUAAGGAGGGCUAAAAUUUUCUGGGCCCGCAUUUAGGGGAGGGUUACAAUUUCUGGGCACCUUUGGGCGAUGUGCGCAUACUAUUAAAUUGGUUUUGUGCUACUGAAGUAUUAAGCACUGCUUGAAAUACGAUGGCCGUGCAAGUGAUAUUAAUUGCAUACUCAAAGCUGAAUCGCACGGUUAAAAAGCACUCUGAUUGGCUGGAGAUGAGCAGUGACUUCAAGCGGAAUCGCUUCCAAUUUGCUUGACUUUGAAAUAGCUCUGAAAACAGCGUACGGUUUUAGUUCGGCUUUGUUGUUUAAUCAACGUCAUCGUCAUGUGAUUUUCCUAUAUUAUAAUACAUCUGAAUGGCAGAUAAUUUCAUGAAAUCCCUUCUUAAAACGAGCCGCGAUCAAAAGUGCACGGAUAGUUGAUGAUAUGUUAUUAUAACUGAAAAUGUAUUUUUUCAUGUUAUGACUGGUACUCGAUCUGUAUUUGUUUUUUUAGCUCACAGUGGUCCAGUUUACACUAAUCCUUCUUUUACAAAACUCAGUCAGUCUUAAACAGGAAGAGGAACAGAAUGCUUUUCUUUUUCAACAAAUGCAACAUAGUUUUUUAUAUGUACAGUAUACAAAUGUACAGUGAAGAUAUAACGAUCAGUCAAUAGGCUGAUAGUAAGGAGCGCAUUUGUAGUAGGGGCCAGAGCCAUCUGAACUGCCACUGUCGUAUGCUUCCAUUGCAGCAGUGCCCGAGUGAAUAUCAAAGGCACUGCCUGAUUCCUCCUCCUGACAUUGUUCAGUGACAUCAUCAUCAUCGGCUCCGCCAUAACUAUUUAUUUACCAAUUAAGUCUUCAUUCUUAACAGAGUAUUGGAGACUGCUCUAUAAUAAAAAUUACAACAAUGAAUACAAAAAAAAAGUUAAACAGUAUUAAGAUUGAACAGGUAUUGCCUAAAUGAACACAGCGUCGCUGUCUUUGUUGUCAUUGGUGCUACUUCUGUCGUCUUCGUCACUACUUUCAUCAUCAUCACUUAUAUCACUGCUGCUUUCAUUUCCAGAAGAACCCAACAUUGAUUUCGCGCUGUCAUUUGAAAGUUUACACUGUUCAUAUGUCAAAGCUACCGCCCAUUUCUGUUCUCUUUUUCCAAGUUUCUUGACCAUGUCUCUAGAUAAAUCCCCCUUGUCACAAGUCUUUCCCUCCGGCAAAUCUGGCGCAACAUUCUUGGGGAUGUCAAUUGUUCUGGCCACGUACCUCUUCUUUUUCCGCUUCGCCUUCUUGAGGGUAUUUUGCUUCCUUUUUCUUGAUUUUCUUUUCAUUGCAGAAUGGUUAAUGAAUGCUUAAAUGCUGCUUUGCAGGUUUUUUGGAGCUGACUAAGACUGGUGAUUAAAGAGAGUAAUUCACUCCUAAAGGCCUGCAAUUCGGACAGCUUUUGCUCAUCAAAGUCAUGCGCAGUUUUAUGCCCAGUUAAAACUCUCCCAGAUGAUUGGAUUGUUGUUGUUGUUUUUUUAAGCUUUCCUUUAGUUUGUUUUCUAAAGUUUCAAUUGAUGUUUCGACCUUUUCUUAUGUAUAAAAUGUUUUGCUCUAUAUUGUGAAUACUAAAACUUUUUUUAUUCCAAUGAAAAAAUUGUCUCAAAGUUACGCUCUUAUGGAUUCUCACGAUGCAACAUUUGAAUACUCGAAAUGCUAUUACAGGGAGGGUUACAAUUUUUUGGGCACACAUUUUUGGAGGCGACCACAUGAACAAAUAGAAUUUAACCAUAUCUUGCCUUCGUCCUCGUCAACAAGAGAUCUGGGCGCCGCGAGAUUAAUACAAUUCUUCUGCGAAGGGUACACGCAGAAGCAAGACCCGCAUAAAGUUUCUUCCAAAUUAACUUUCUCAUUGACGCUAAGAAACUUCUUCCCAUCCAUAUAGUUAAUAAAUCGUAGUUAACAAAGAUUAUUUGCUUUUCCUCUUUAGAUGAAUGAAUUUAUUGAGCAACUGCAUUCCAGCGAGGCUCCGGUAAGCUUUCCUGAAAACUGACGUUGUUGUAAAUAGGCUUUAUAUGUCUUAUAUAGCUGUUUGCCAAUAUGUCGUAUUUAAUUUGUUAAGGAGGAAAGUAGUGAUGACAGUGGGAGUUACAAACCAGAAAGUGAUGAGAGUAGCUCUUCAGAGGAGGAUGAGGAGGAUUGUGACCUUGAGGAUGAAUCACCAGAUGUUUUAACAAUGGUCAGUAUCAGUCAUUAAUAUACAGCAUCGACUAGUGGUCAGUGACAUAACAUUGAUCCAAGGCGCAUUUUUAAAAAUACCUAAACAAAUUUGUUCAGAUUGAAAUAUAACUCCGAGUGUGCUUUUUGGUUAAGAAUUGUAGGCCGCUUAAAGUCAUUCACAUUUAACAAGAAGACUGACCAAGCUUGGGCUAACACUUGUAGUUUCGAAAGAAUGAUUAUUACCUUUCUUCACUGAUAUAGGAAAACAAUGCCGAAAACUAAAAAGAGAACAGUUUUCUAUUCCCCGUCUAGUUUGAGACAUAACCUAAAUAAGAUCAUUAAAAAACAAGUAGCCUCAAAACAUAAUUAUCAUAGAGUGAUAGCUAAUAUAAUUAAACUGAUAAGUGAAAAGACAUCUCAGAAAGCAACUAUUUCUCAUUUUUCGUUUUACUUGUUGUCUAGGACCCAAACCAAGUAACAGUGAAGGAAGAAGAAGGGAAAUGUGGUCCUAUCGGAAGAAAAACAACCAGGCAAAAAAAACGGUGCCCUCUUCCUUCAUGUGAUUCGAUCGUUUACCAUAUCCCCCGUCAUCUUAAAGAAGUUCAUGGUUGGACCAAAGAGCUUUCUCGGACUGCUCUUUCAAGAUUUGGUUUAAGGAAGAGCUACGCAUACACGGAACCCAGCAAGGUUACAGCAAAGAAAAAGAAACCAAACCCAGAAGUCAAAGUAAAAUCGGAGGGCGAAAAAAAGGCUAAAGAUUACCACCAUUAUCGUUACUGCCCAGUCGGUGGGUGUACCUCACUAGUUAAACGCCUUCCUCCUCAUUUGAAGAAAGUACACAAGCUAAUUCCAGGGUCCAAGGAUUACAAGGAGGCCAUGUCAAAAGUAAGAGGUCCCAUAAGAGAUUCACAACGAAGGCCUUAUCACGAAAGACCAAGGCGUACAGCUGAAUCUUGUGAAACUCCAUCAGAGCAUCCGUCCUCUUCUUUUGAAGUAGAGGUUAUCAGCAGCGAAGAAGAAGAAAAGGACAGUGACAAGUCCGCUAAAAGAACACAUCAAGAUAUGCCCUCUCAGCUUGUCAGUUUUGAAGCCUGGCUACAAUCGGCCGAUGGUGGGAAGCUGGAUCAAAAGACCAGUCGACAACACACCAAGCAAGUCUUCAAGCUCUUGAAUGCAAUAGAUGCAAAGCGUAAAUUGUUAUCGCUGUUCGAUGCCCGCCUCCUAAAUGACAGGUUCCUCGAGGGACAUGUAAGCAAAGAAUACUCUCCCAAAACCGUCCAGUCAUACUUAAUGAGCCUUCGCCACUUUUUCUCGUUCUCUUUGACGGAUGAUGCAGAUGUACCUAUUUCCAAGGAGGCGAUCAUCUCCCUAAGAGAUAAAGUCACACGUUGGUCCUCGUCAUAUCGGGUACAAAGCUCAAAGCGCCACUGGGAGAAGAUGAAAGAGGAUUAUGAAGCUCUGAUAACUCCUGAUCAAAUCAACGAGUUCGAAAGAAGCAAAGCUGCAAGGGACGCAAUUUGCUUAUUAGGCCAGCUAAGCGGUGCCCACAACAUUGUCAUAACUCAAGCUCAGUACACACUGAUUCGUGAUUUUUUGCUAGUUGAAAUAUCCAUUGACAAUGCUAACAGGGCGGGUGUUCUAGCAAACAUGACAGUGGAAGAAUUCAACAGUUCGACGAAAGAGAAUGAUGAUUAUCUGGUUCUUGUAAAGAGGAGUAAGACUUUGUCUACCCAUGGCCCAGCCAGGAUCGUUUUAAGUCCAAAGUUGAAGAGUUGGAUACAAAUCUACAUCCGGGAGGUGCGUUCACAGGUUGCUGGUUCAACUAAUCGGCCAGACGAUUCUGUAUUUCUUUCAUUCUUCGGAGAGCCAAUGGUCUCGAGUCAGAUCAAUAAAGCUAUGAAGUCUGUUUGGAAGAAGGCUGACGUGGAGGGUGCGCCCAGUUCUACCCUAUUUAGGAAAUCGGCCGUCUCCAACAUUCACAGCUGCAAUGACAGUAAUGAAGCACGCGAAAAUCUAGCUGACUUGAUGGCGCACAAUAUUUCAACGGCAAAGAAGUACUAUCGACUGCAGGAGAAAUCGAAGUCUUCGGUUCUCGCCUCCAAACAGCUUCGCCAGGUGAUGCGUCAAGAUACAGAAGAGAGUUCAAGCAAGACCAAUUCAGAUAAGAUAGAAACGCCCAGAGAUCCUAUAUCGAAAUAUAACGGUCUGCAGGAAAAGAGCAAAUCUUCUGUUGAAGCAUCAAAACAGCUGCGCACCGUUAUGCGAGCACUAGACCAAACAGACAGACCAGACAGUCCUCCUCUUUCCUCCAACCCACCUGCUUCAGAUUCCAUAGCUCCUAAAACUUCAAGAACUUCAUGGGAUGAGGACAUGGCACAUGCGAUCAAGACUCUUUUCAAAGAUGAAAUUAAAGAUAAAGCUAUUACUUUGCAAACGGUGAAAACCAAAAUUUCUGAUCAUCUGCAGCUGAAAGAAGAAGACCCCAAAAGAGUCUUGGACAAGGUACGUGCCUUUUGGCGUUUCAGUAAGUCUCCUUCUCCAGAAACUCCAUGCCUUCCAACUGAGGUGGAAACACUAGACAAACGUGUGUCAAGGAUGCUUCCAGAGGAGAGUGAGACCUCUAGUGAUAUCAUUCCACCGACUGUGUCAAGUAGCGUAAGGAACGUUUUCAAAGCAACCGAACUUCAAGGAAUAAAGAACCUUUUUGCUGAAAUGUUAGAACAUUCAGCGCCAAUAUCAAAGCCCCAAAUUAAGAAGUGCCUGGAAAAGGAAGACUGGGGUCAGGAAAUGUUGAAGAAAGUUUCCCUGGACACCGUCGUGAACCGGAUAAAAUAUGAAAGGCGUCUAAGGAGGGCUUCUAAAAAGUGAGGAAAAGCUAGAUUGCCGGGGACACCUUAAGCGGAACAUCACCAUGCAUGGCGAAUAUUUUCAUACAACAUGCAUUCUUGUUUUUUUGACUUGAUUUAAAAUUACCGUGUAGAAAAUUGGUAGCAAAUGUAUGAAAAUUUACAAUACCGUCUUAGAAAUUGUCCUCCGAAGAUUCAGGUUUUAAAGUUUUAAGUUGCUUGUGUUUGAGGUCGAGGAGGUCGAUUUGCCUAGACGUCUAGCCGCUUGCUAGAUCAAAUUGUUCAAAACGUUCGACAUGGUUGAAUACUACUUUUAGGGUGAUUUAUAUUUUGCGCACAUGUGAAACCCAUAUUUAGGGUGGACUUCCAUUGCUGACGGACUGCUGUGUAAUUUUCCCUUGCGAACGCACGUAAAUUUCACACGCGUAAAUGAAAUAGAGACAAUGUAUGAAAGGCCACGCGUAAAUUAAACGUGUAAGUUAAGCGAUUUUCAACAUUUUCGUUUACGCGCGACUUUCCAUAAAUCGUCUCUAUUUUAUUUACGCGCGUAAAAUUUACGUGCGUUCGCACGGAUAAAUUACGCAACAGUGGAAAUCAACCUUAAGGGUAGAUUACCUGACUGUCGCGUAACUUUUACCUGCGUUCGAGCGUAAAGUUUGCUUUCGCAAAUAAAGUAGAGGCAAUGUAUGAUAGGUCGCAGGUAAACGUAAAAGUUUAACUUCGCUCAACUCCACGUUUAAGCUCAACACACUAAAUCUUGCCUCUAAUUAUUAACGCGAGUAAAAUUUACGUGCAUGUACACGCACGUAAAAAUUACGCGACAGUUUAAAUCCACCCUUACAAAAUUAAGUUUUUCAACGUGGAGGACAAGCCACAAAGUUGCUUCUUUGCUAGGCGACAAAAAAGAUUACUAGCUGCAAUAUAAAUAUGACUUGUUAAAGAGCCAUUCAGGAUCCUCCGCGGAUAAGUCUUGAGCGCCCAGUAUUGUUCUAAAAUUAUUUUAGGGCAAAAAUUUCCGGUUUAGCCUGUUAAUGUUCUGUUUUAGUUAAUGUUAAUCAUUUUGAAAUCGGUGAUGACGGUGUCCUUAUCAAAACUGUUUAAUUCAAAACAGACGUUCUUAUUAAUAAUCUUGUACCCAGAUCUCUUGUUGAAGUCGAAGACGAGAUCUAGUCAAAUCCGAUUUGGCACGUGAUAUGUGACACUGCGAUGAAAGUUUACGCGUUACCUCCCAUACAUUAUCUUAUUGCACUCGUUAUGUCCCAUUAAGGUGUCGUUUUUUGCAUGGAGCAAAAAUUGCCCUCGUUAUGUCCCAUUAAGGUGUUGUUUUGUUUUGUUUUUUUUUUCUUUUUCUACAGAGGUUAUUGGUGAGAGGUUAUUUCAGCUCUUUCUUUAACUUCGUUACAUUGCCCCGCAACAUUUUAAGCUCGCGUUAGUGAGGGAUUAAUCUAUCAUUCCAGCUAAAUAAAAAAAAAAUGAAAACGUUUGGUACUUUAAUAUAUGUACAUUGCGUUGUGUUGGAAAGAAAUGUUAAUCGAGUUGCAGGUUCUGCUUAUUCCUCUUCAUUAAUUUUAGCACCUUAACUUUGUAAUGGUUAACUUCAUUUUCAAAUAAACAAUUAUGUUAGAUUCUUCCAGCUAUGUCAACAGCAGUGACUGAAUUGCAUUUUCUUCUCGUGAGUUUUCCUGUUUGUUACAUUAUCUAGUCACCCUAAAAUACAACCAAAUAUAGAUCACUCAGUAAACAAGUCCCAUACCCUCACCCCGGGGGUACUCCCUAUAAUGGCCCAUACGGGGAGGCUCCGCCCGAAAGGGGUACCUUUUUCAAGCUUCAGGCAUAUGAAAGGGUAGGAAUUUCACUAGUUGAAAUAUAUAAAAGGGUAAGGAAGUCUUUAUUACUAAAAUCAUUGAAAGUUACUAGAAAAAUUCCUUAGUUACAAAAGUGCCACAUUCGUUACAAAAGUUCCCUAUAACGUUACAAAAGUUCCCUGUUGUCGUUACAAAAGUGCCCCACUCGUUACAAAAGUUCCCUAUAACGUUACAAAAGUUCCCUGUUGUCGUUACAAAAGUGCCCCACUCGUUACAAAAGUUCCCUAUAACGUUACAAAAGUUCCCUGUUGUCGUUACAAAAGUGCCCUAGUGACGUUACAAAAGUGCCCUUGGUUACAAAAGUUCCCUAUCUUGGUUACAAAAGUUCCCUAUCCCGUUACAAAAGUGCCCUUUUUUCGUUACAAAAGUGCCCGUUCUUAUGGCUCUCUCUCUCUCUCUCUCUCUCUCUCUCUCUCUCUCUCUCUCUCUCUCUCUCUCUCUCUUUCUCCCUCUCUUUCUCCCUCCCUCCACCUCCCCCUCUCUCCUUCUCUCUAUAUAUGUUUUACACGUAUCGAAAAUGUCGCUUCCUUUUAAACAGACAUUCUGCUUCGUCUAUCAACAACGGUCACUGGCAUAACCUCUGUAUCACGUGGUCGUCACACCAAGGAGACUGGCACGUGUACACAGAUGGAGUUUUUGGUGGAGAAGGAACUCUGCCUAUUAACAUCGCCGACAUACCGGGUAAGGACUAAUCGUGAUGAUUACAGCAGUGUGGAUUUCAACUUAUUCUUGUGUGAAUGUGUUUGAGUCCGUGGCCAAAACAGGCAUGCAAGAACCUAGUGAUCCCCCCGGAAAUAAGUCCCCUGCUAGCUUGUAAUGAAUUCGAGUAAUUGUUUUCGAUGUUGUGGUACACACCGAAGGAAGGCACACAUCAGAUUACACCGCUUGGCACAAAUUUCCAUUUCUUGUAUCAUUUAAUACUCUCUGGCCCCUUUACCGCUCCUAACAAGUUAACACAUCGUUGAUACUUGGGAAUUCACAACGUCUGUGCUUGCGCCAGAAAAAAAAAAACACAGAAUGUACACAAAUACAAUCUGAUGUCUCGUGCUUCCCUACAAAGACAAAGAAUAUAUUAUGAUAUUUAUAAACGGCAGGAAAAGACAUGACAUAUGAUUUGAAAUUUAAAAAAGCCAGUAAAGUCAAAAAGUAUUUUGAUCAGCACCGCCAUGUAGCUGGUUCUAAAACGCCUUUUUCAGUCCAAGCCCCUCUAAGACCCCUACAAAGUGUAUAAGCUCACGGAUUAUUAGUGGAAGUUUGAAAUAAAUUAGCAAUUAAUGAAAGAGGCUCAGUAGGAUAUGAAGAAAUAAGCAGAUCGAGGAGGGUGCCUUUUAUCCACCGAGAUGGAUGACACCUAAGAUGAAAAACGACGUCGAUGGCUGUAGAGGUUGCAACUUUAGACAGCUCCAUCAGAUGAAGAUCAGGCUAGGUGGCUUACUACAGUUUUCGGAUGAAUACUAUCGACUUUUUCAAAUUGGAUCAAUUUUUGCAACUGAAGGUCUCCACUAGACUUUUAAUCACUUCAAUAGACCCUAUUCACGAUACCUGCCAUCUUUGAACACGCAUAAGGACUGAUAGGUUCAAAGCAACGUCACGUCAGGAGGCAAACAAGUGAUAAAAUCUGCCAAUACAAGAAAUCGCAGUUGUGUUUGUUUAUUUUAGACAACAGAAGAUGAUGAACUUUUUAUCUUAAAGACAAUAAUGGAAAAGUAUGGAUGGACGAGAUCGCUGUUAUUUUUUUAGUGCAGUAGUGACCGUAGAUGUCCUCACAGAAAGCCAUAAUGACGUGAAACUUGUCGAAACUUGAUCAUGAACUAUAGAUUUUGCAAAUUUAAAAUUGCCUCCUCGCUUUGAGACGUAUUGUCAAAUUUUAACCCCUGUUUUCCCCCUAUCUGAAAUACCACGUGACAUUGCUUUUAUCCCAUCAAUCCUAAAGGGCGUGCAAAGAUGUCGGGUAUCGUGAAUAAGGUCUUAUAAGUAAAUUAUCAUUUUAUCUUCCAAAAAACAUUUUACUGCGUAGUAUAACGCGAAAUAUAGUGACCGAGCACCCAAAAUGGGGACAGGAAACUAGACCUUUCAAGGCUUUUUUCUUAAAAUCUAGCCGUACGACCCCAUCUGAAAAUUUUAGGAUUUAUUUAGUCCGUAGAAAUAAUUGCUUUUACAGAGAGAGAGAGAGAGAGGAACCUCCUAAGGACAAAAUUUUUGCAAAAGCCAAAAAUGUGGAAUUUUGUCUCUUUUUAUAAUAAAUUAAAACUGACCAUAGGAUUUGUUUACGGUUUCGUCUUUAUGUUCAAUGUUCAAAAUUUGAGCCCAAGUCGUACGGCUAGGUUUUGAGAAAUUUACCGUGCAAAUUGUCUUUUUACGAGCUCCAUGGACGAAAGCAUUGUGCAUGCGUCACCCUUCGGGCAAAACGUUGCUCUCGAGGUCGCGCCUCGGGACUGCUUUUGAUUCCUAUCCGAUCCUUGCACGGUCUAUUACAGCGUGGAAACCGGCAUUUUUUAAUUUUCUUUUCUUUAUUACUGCAAAGAAAAGUACACAUAUCAAUGAAACAAGUUAGUCUUCCCAAGAUCGGCCGCCAUUGUUAGCGCUGUUAGCACCUCGUCUUGUUUCACUUUCACCCGUAAUUUGAUUGACUUCCCUGCUUUUUUUCUCUUCGGGCGAAAUUGGGUCCGAGGAAGGUGAUAUGGGUCUGUCAGUCCUAUUCGGAGGCAUCAAAUUGCAAGGAUUAACACGCCAGAUGGCGGAGCUCCAAAAAGAUCGUCCUCACACUCUGACCAUUCCCAGUCCCAUCUUGCUGGGAAAACCAUUUUCCUCGGUAGUUAUGCUGGGCUUGUCAUGAUAUUUUAGCUUUUUAGUAAGUAAGUAAGUCUGUUUAAUUUUUCGUAUCAAUGGCAUUUCCUUGCACAAUGCUGUAAUUCUAUCGUUUUAGGCUCUGGGAUUCUAUCAAUUUACUUUAAAGAGACAUUUGUAAGUCAGACAUCUGAGAUACUGGGCAAGAUAAGCACGUUUAAUCUGUGGAAUUAUUCUAUGUCGAGAGAUGAAAUCAAUCACAUGUCUUACGGAUGUGGAACAGAGAGUGUGGGUAAUGUGCUAUCCUGGAUGGAGAUGCGACAAAAUAUGACAGAAAAAAGUUGCUACCUACAAAAUUCUCCGACUUGUAUUGAGCGCUAUGGUAAGUUGAGCAAAAAGCAAUUUCCACAUAUCUUGAACAGUUAUCACACGAAUGCCUUCACACUUUUAAAGAACUGUAAAUCGUUUUGCUCUCAAAGACAACGUUUGACUUAAAGGCAAGGAGGGGGGCUAAAAAGAAAAUUGGGAAAUAAAAUGGUUGUCACUGUUCCUUGCCGGCAACGUUUGCCCAUACGAAUACGUGCAAUCCUUUUGCCUUAUGUUGAAAAUAUGAAAAGGUUCAUAUUAAAGUUAAUUUCCUUUUGUUUUGUUUUGUUUUGUUUUGUUUUUUUUUUUCUGCAUUGUAGUAGAAGAGAGCUAAGUACACCUGUAGCACCUUCCCAUCUCUCGCCGAGCUUCAAUAAUUUGGAGUUUUUAGAUAUAAGUCUAUUGUUGGUGUAUGGAAGUCCAUCAAGACGGACUGGAUUUAAGUUCUUCCUUGAGCAACGCUUUCCUAGUAAAUGAAUACGAUCAUUUUUUAUAAUCCUUUUUGAAGGCAAAUUCAAAAGAGCUAGUAUCAUAUGGAGCCUCACAAUGAUUUUUCUUGGUCUGCAAGUCUACUAAUUAUUUAUUUGUGUGUCACCUUUGUUCAAGGCCCAAGCCUUGUUUUAGCGGACGACACCAAUAAUGAAAGCACUGCAGAAUUUGUGAGCCCUUGGUUCUCCAAGUCAAAGGAGUCAUACGGGAAAUGCCUAAGGUUUAAAUACAAAUUUAUUGGACCUGGUGCUUCGUUACUGACGAUUUAUCAAAAAAUGGAUUAUGGGUUUAAAAGGCAGACAAUUUGGACUGAACAAGCCAUUGGAAUAUCAAGCAAAAGCUGGCACUAUGGGCAGACCUCUAUCAGCGCAAUCUCAAAUUUUAGGGUAAGAAAUACUUAAGAACGAAGACAUUGCAUUAUUUCUAUAGUCUUUAUUAAAGAAAUGCAUUCUUGAAAAUUGUGAAAGGUGUUCUGCUCCUUUCACCUUAAACAGUAACAUUUCUUACGUGUAUAAUCCCCAAAAAGUGUAAAUCAGUCUGUAACUUAAUUGCAAUAUUCUAGUGCAACAUCCUUACCCUUAGAAAAUAACGAAGUACGUUUGUAACUAAUAAACGAUGAAUGAAUGAAUGAGAUCACAUGCAUUGCUGACAAGGCAGUUGAAGGUAACAAACUCUCUCCUUGUAAAGAAUGUAUCUUUUCACCUUUCUCAAUGACUCUCUGAGCUAUAAUAAACAGGAAAAUUGUUCUGUCCUUCAGCUGAGCAUCGUUUCAAAACAUAGUGGAAAACCAGGAUACGUUGCUGUGGGAGGAGUUUAUAUGACGCAUGAUUACUGUUCAACUAAACCGUUCAGUGCUCAAAAAGGUAGUGUGAGUUUAAUCUGCUUUUGCAAUUGGAUAUUCCUUGAUCAAGAUUCCGCUGGAGCCUCUCAGUAAGUGAGACGUGAAAACCCAAUAAUGUCUAAUAUGGUGGCUUAAAGGAGCUGCGUCACGAACUGAUUCAGCCAAAUUAGGAAAUUGCAAAAUGCCCGUUAAAUUAAGAGAAACAGAUGCCACAGAUGGGCAAAACUGAAGAAGAUUGAAACGGACUGAAAUUAGGGUUUUUGAAAACUGUUCAGCCUAACAGUUUUUCAAAGUUGAUCCCUGCUGCUUGCAACUUCGAAAAUAAUGCUCAGGAGACAUAUUUGUUUGUCUCGGAUCUCUGAUUUUGUCAUUUACAUGUAAUUUCUUUGCUAACUUCAAGUUCCAUAGCGAUUGAGGGCGAGUCUUGGAAAAAUUAAACAAAAUGAACUGGACUGCCGUGACACAGCCCCUUUAACAACAGUUAUAUUUUUGCUGAUAACCGCCGACUCGAUGCAUGAAAGACUACUUCGAAUAUUGAACUGUUAAUAUUAUGUUAAUAUGUUAAUAUUAUGAUUCCCAAUUUGCCAUGUUAAUCACAUUUUGGCUAUCACUGGCAGAAAAUAUCGUGACGUGCAUCGCGAGACUAAUCUUGUUUAGCGUGUGGAAGAAGUUUUCAUUUGUUCUUUUCAUGUAACAGCCUCCAAUCAAGUCAUAAGGAACAGCAGCGGAUAUAUCACGUCUCCUUAUUAUCCAGGAUAUUACACCAAUAAUAUGAAAUGCAUUUGGCACGUGACUGUUCCUGAGAAUCACGUGAUUCUACUAGAGUUUCUGUCCUUUGCAAUCGAGUCGCAUCCAACUUGCGCUAAAGACUAUGUGGAAGUGUUUGACGGAGCCAAUGACAGAUCACAUCCUAUAGGGAAGUAUUGUGGUCACACAUUCCCGCAGAUCAUAGAAUCCUCAAGAAACAUGUUAACGCUGGUCUUCAAGUCAAAUGAGGCUAACAUCAGAACAGGGUUCAAGGCAUAUUAUCGUAGUAUACUAGGUGAGCUGUGCAGAUAUCACUCUACUUAUAAAGCUAAUCAUAGCAGUGAAACAGCUCUGAUUCGAGUACAGGAUGAUAUCCUCAAAGCCAUCGAUAGUCAUCGCGUUGUUUUGCUUUUGCUAUUGGAUCUUUCUGCAGCCUUUGAUACGGUUGAUCAUGAAAUUCUUCUAGGAAGACUCUCCUCUAGGUUCGGUAUCAAAGGAAAAGCCUUGGAUUGGCUACGAUCUUACCUUACAGACCGUACUCAGCUUGUGAAAGUAGACGACGCUUCAUCCACGGUACGACCCCUUCAUUGCGGUGUGCCUCAAGGGUUGGUCCUAGGCCCCAUGCUUUACUUAUUGUAUACAUCUCCACUGGGUGAUAUUGUUCGUGAGGAUGGCUUGUCGUUUCACUUUUAUGCUGAUGACUCGCAGCUUUAUACAUCUUUUGCUUGCAAUGACACCUCUAAUCUAGUGGCUGCAAAACAACGUCUUGAGAACUGCGUUGCUGAUAUCAAUUUGUGGAUGACUGCCAACAAGUUAAAGCUUAACAAUGAUAAAUCAGAAAUUCUCUUUCUGCACUCCCGUUUUCGUCAUUCGUUGCCCCCUCCUACGAUUUCUGUUGGAAUGGAAAACAUCAGGCCCUCUCAACAGGCUCGCAAUCUUGGCGUGAUUUUUGACGACACAAUGUCAAUUUCACCUCAUGUUAAUACAAUAGUUAAGGGUGCCUUCUAUCACAUACGAAAUAUUUCUAAAAUAAGAAAAUACAUCAGUAAAAGUACCACAGAAAUUCUAAUUCACAGUUUCGUGAGCUCGAAGUUGGACGUUUGUAAUUCUUCUUUUUGGUGCCCAAAAACGGGACAUAGUUAAGUUGCAGUCCGUUCAGAAUGUGGCUGCUCGAAUCAUCGCCGGUCUCAAAAAACGAGAUCACAUCACCGAGACUCUAAGAGAUCUUCACUGGCUUCCUGUUGAGGAGAGAAUGGUUUUUAAAAUAGAUUUAAUAACUUUUAAAACAUUGAAUGGCUCCGGUCCCCGUUAUCUUGAAGAUAUUUCAAAAUUUUACCAUCAAUCAAGGACAUCAAGGGAUCAUUUACGCCUUGAAGAACCCAAUUUUAACAUGAAAACUUAUGGCCAGCGAGCGUUUUCCGUUGGUGCCCCCCGACUAUGGAACAAGCUCCCCUUUGAAAUUCGAGCUUGUUCUGAUGUUAAUCUUUUUAAAUCUAAGUUUGAAAACGUUUCUUUUUAAAAAGGUAUAUGACAUUUAGUUUCGUCAUAUUUGUUCUUUUUUUUCUUCCCUUUUUAAGAUGUGUAUGCUAUAAAUUUCCCAAUAUGCACAGCAGGGUUAUAUGUAAGCUUGUGCUUAAUGAUAUUCUUAUGUCCUUUUUUACAUUGUAAAGCGCUUAGAACAGCGAUGUAUAAGCGCUAUAUAAAUUCUAUUAUUAUUAUUAUUAUUAUUAUUAUUAUUACUCAUGCUGCGUAUUAACGUAUUUUAAAAAGUAAUUCAUGAAUGAAUAAACUAUUAUUGUAAUUACCUUAUCAUAUUUUUCACACGUUAUUUUUUUCUAGAUACACGGAUUUUAUAUUCCACUAAUUAACCGAGAGUGAGGUCAUUAAAGGGAAAUCUCAGACCGAGGCCUUGAUGUAUAGAAAAGGUCUGACAUCUCCCUGUAAAGACCCACCGGACGAGGUUAACAAGUUAUCUGUUAUAUGGCCUUUAUAGCGGAAUACUUAAAAUGAAUACAAUAAAAGAAAUAAAUAUUUAAAAAAAAGCACUGGAAAUAAGAAAACAAACCACAAGCCGACACAGUUUCUUUGACAAUGACAACUUUAGACCUAUUGUAGCCUGCAAUUAAUAAAAACCACUAACUGGCCAGCGUAUAACUUAAAAAUGCGUCACUUCAAUGAGUUGUACACUUGAGCCUGCGACACAGUAAUGUGACAUUGGCGGCAAAUACCGUUUUUUGACAGCUGUUUAUUGACCAUAACAUGGAUGCCCACUAUCAAGUUAAACACAGAGUGUAUGUACCUUGGACACCCACCUAGUAAUGCCCGCCGUCAGGCUCCUACGCCCGGUCAUUACAAGAAAACCUUGCCUGCUUAGCAACCAAUCAGAGGGCGCUUACUAUUGUAGCCAUAUAAUAAUGAGUGAUAAUUUGCAGCCUCAAAUGGUUGAAGGCCAUUACUGUUAUCUUAAAUGUGAUAAGAAUAUGGCAUUAUUUCUGAACUCAAUUACUCUUUUGCAGGGAAAAGGGCGUCUUGUAUUCAAGGUACUGAGUGUUUUUUUUUUUUGCCCAGUUGAUUUGACUAUGUUUGGGGAAUGGCAAUUGUUUAUUCUGUGUCAUGUGUUUAUAUUAGGUUGCCCCCGUUCUUGCAACUGUUCUAGGCUGUCAGGAAGUUACACCAGGUUUCAAGUAAAAAGCAACUCGUUGUCACUGUUACCAAAGUAUUUUCCACAAAACACCGCAGUCAUGUAAGUUACUAUAGGCGUCUUAAGAAUAUUUGCAGACUUUAUGCCUGUGGGGACAAUAUGAAACACACAGACAUUGUUGAACACGUGUUGAAUACCAUGAACUUUAAAAUCUUACUAUAAGGUGCAGUAGUUCACAGAUUUUGAAGGUGACGUUCGGUCGACCUACGAGCCACACAACAUUUCAUUCUUUCUUAAAGCCAAGAUAUACGUGUACCUAGAAAAAAUGAAGGAAAAAAGAAAACUAGAUGAUUUAAGUUGACUUCGCGAUAAGUGGGUUAUGUUAUUCUUUCAGUGAGACAAAUAAAGCACAGCUCUUAAAAUACCUUAUUUAACUUUUUGUUUCAGUCUAUUUCCUCGCAACAGAAUCUAUCGUAUUACAGAUGGUGAUUUUUCGAACAUUCAGCUUUUGGAAUAUCUGUAAGUUUAAAUCAGAAUAAUCGUUGGUCUUUUUUCAACUGCUUCUGUAGUUUUCCUUAGAUAAUUUACCUGUCUCUUUAUGUUUUUUUUUUCAGGGACGUGAGUAGCAAUGUUAUUCUACGAUUGGACAGAUCACCAUUCAAAAAGUUAAAUUCUUUGAAAACCUUGUAAGUAGUUAAGUGUAGUUGCGGCCUUUGCUUCAAUUUUUAUGGCAUAGCAACGGCGCAGUUACCCUUUCUGGCACAAAAAAAACAGAGAUAACAAGAACGCUCUUCCAGCGGUCGCGGUCUCGCUUGCUGGGAGAUUAGAUCGAGAAAUGAGAAGGAGCGAUUAAUUCUACACGAAACAGGAUGUACUCGCUAAAGGUUUUUACUUCCUACUUUAUCGACGUCCAUACUUUUUAUUUGUUUCUGAAUUGAUUUAGUACGUGUGUUGGUGACGACCAGUAAUACGUCUGCGGCCGCAGGCUAUACGCGUGUUGAAUACACGAAAAUUCAAGGGCCUCGAUUCCAGAGAAGUUACAUCAUUGCCACGGAUCAAAAAAGCGAUUUACGUGGCACUUCAUUUCAGUCAUCGCCAAAAAAAAAAACCGCAUGCUCAUCACGACACCCAUUGCAUACAAUGAAAGUUUACAACACCCGAUCAUCGCAGUUUUGCUGAUGAGAUUCUUCUUAUUUUUUUUUCUCGACCACUCAGUAGUGUUCACUUGUUCCAAAGUAAUCAACGCUUUAAAGCGAUAGAAUUCGUGGACCGACACGUUUCAGAAAAGCUCUAAAUAAUCUUUCCUAGCCUUUCUUCCCAAAACAUGCGUGGCUUUGAUUAAGCAACGAUUCUUAGUCCCAGUUUACACGGUUUCCACAAGGAACGCCUGACACAAUGAUCCCCUUUUGCGUCCUAAAUAUGACGAAAAACGCGUUGCCGAUUAUGAGUCUCACUGCUUAUGCAAGCGAGAUUAACAAGUUUAAAACACAAUUUCAAUAACAUCAAUGAUCUCUUGUUACAGCUUUAACAGUAUAUGAAAAUAAAUUAAUAACAUAAGAAAAUAAAAACGCUGGUCUUCCAGCAAUGACCUAAGCUUGCAGCACUUUUUAGGUGGAAAAGUAUUGUCAAGAAAUCGGCCUAUAUAUAUAGUUCUAGUGUGAUCGCUUUGUUUAAUUUCAAACAAAUAAAUAAAUUAACUUUUUGCUUCCCCAGGAGAAUAAACAGAAAUUUUCUUAAGCAAAUAUCAAGUGAGAACUUUGAAGGUCUGAUCAGUCUUCAAUUUCUGUAAGUUUUGGUUCCCUCUCUCGAUAUAAAGAUAGUAUUUUAUUUAUUCUUAAAGUAAUAAUGCUAAAAAAUGAAAAUAAGAUAUGUUUCGUUUGCGAAGAAUUACAAGAUCCUUACUUCCAUUAUUUCUCAGAGGAAAUUAGUGAAAAAUUUGUCACCUCAAGAGCAAACAGCCAAGAUUGCAGCAAAGGAAUUCAUUAUGUGUGCAAGGACCAACUGCUACAAGUAAUUAAUCUGAAGUGACGCGAGAGGUUAUCUUAGCUCUUGCAUGGAUCGACUUUAAGAAGGCGUUUGAUAGAGUAGAGCACCAUACUCGUGGAUAGUAUAGAGACCUGGAAGUUCUCAGAGUAUCUUAUCCUUAUCAGCGGUUAUUUAAGAUGAAGAUCUGUAAGCCCUACAGAGAGAUCUUUUUAAGUGGACUCAUUUAUAUCACCAUUGUUCGUUUUUACCCUACACUCGAACCACUUGGCAGACUACUAAACAGCUUUCCAGGGCUAUGAGAACGGAUCACAGCACAGAAACUGUCUCACAUCUUUUACAUUAGUAUAUGGCCUUCGGUUAGGUAUGAUAGAUUGAUAGAUAGGUAGGUAGGUAGGUAGGUAGAUAGUUAGCUUAAUAACCAAUACUUUGCAGCCCGAAGGCUGAAUUGCGUAUUUAAAAAUGAUCGAACUGAUAAAAUGUGUAUAUAAAACUAAGUACAAUAUAAAAGUAUAAAAAAUAUGAUAAAAGAACUAUAUAUAUAUUAUCGAUAUAGUCUAAGUAUUUAUAUAUAUAUAUAUAUAUAUAUAUAUAUAUAUAUAUAUAUAUAUAUAUAUAUAUAUAUAUAUAUAUAUAUAUAUAUAUAUAUAUAUAUAUUAUCGAUGCAGGAUCUAAUAAUAAAACUGUUCCCAAAGCGAUCUGUCUUGCAUUUAGGUACGAUGAAGUGCCUGUUGCACCUUAGGGCAUAACGUGAUGGUGCACUAAAUUGUAUUAACCUGUUCAGACGGUGUUCAGGGUCCUUUAUAAUGGUGUCAAAAGUGUUACUACACAGUCCCGUGAUCAAAUCUACAAUAGGGAAGGGCAGUCUUGGGCAUAUUAUAGACAUUGCCCGCUUCUUUACUCGCACCAACUCGUCCUUUACGUACUUUGGCAAGGCAUAAAAAAAGGCAGGUGCUGCGUACGUAAGAACAGAGCGUAUACAAGCAGUGUAAAAGGUGGACAUAUUAUGUCGAGGAAUUCUUGAUCUUUUUAACUGCACUAAAAUUAUAGACGGUUUGAAGCUUUUCUUGAUUACGUCACUAAUAUGUUCGUUCCACACUUAAGGUUGCUCGAUAUGGUCAGACCUAGUAGUUUCGCACUAGUCACUCUCUCUAGUUCUUUACCAUCUACUACAAUGGGCGCAAACUGGGGCUCAUUCCUUACAAAAGAUAUUCUGAGCUCCUUCGCUAUUGAGUUAGACUCUAUUCUGCAUAUACCACUCCGCGACCUUAUCUGCGAUAUCCUGGGCAAACUGCGGUUGCCCGUGGCAACGACUUCUUAUGCCGUCGUAUCGUCAACGUACUUCCAUACAUUAGCUAAGUUAUCAACAUCUAAGUCAUUUAUAAGUACAAGAAACAGCCAUUGGCCUAAUUUUGUUCCCUGGAGGACCCCGGAGGGCAAUGAACCCCACUCUGAGUAACAGCCCUCAGAUAAUUUGAUUCUUUGAGAACGAUUAGAAAGGAAAUAUAUGAUCCAAUUGAUAAUUCUUGUAGGCAGAUUCAACCUGCACAAUUUCUCUACGAUUAUUCUAUGAUCUAUAAGGUCAAACGCUCUUUUUAGUCAAAGAGAAUAGCUCUAACUGUGGCGCCGUUGCCAUCGGUUUCCUUGGACCAGUUGUGAAGCAUGUGUAUCAGCGCCUGGGUGGUUGAGGAAUUGGGAACAGCUCCAUAUUGGCUUGGGUCGAGCACAUCCAGAACUGCAGGCUUUACGUAAUCGAGAAUUACGCACUGCUCUGCAACGUUCGAUAGACAUGGAGUAAGGGAGACAGGCCUGAGCUGCUUCUUCAGCUCUUCAACUGGCUUCACCUUUGGUAGAGGAGACACAUCCGCGAACUUCCAGAUCUUCGGAAGAGACUGCUCAUUCAAAGAGAGAUUGAUGAUUCUGCUGAUUGGAAAGGACAAACAUUCAGCAUACUCCUUGAGCAUUCAGUUUGGUAUCCCGUCAGGACCACACGCCUUGGAAGGGUUUAACGCAGUCAUUAACUUAAAAAUACGCAUAUCCGAAACCUCCGGAAGCUCAGGCGUAUCCUCAUCGAUGCGAAGUUUGGUCAGCGGUUGGGGCAGGCGAUAUUCUUCUUGCGUUUGCAAGUUCCUUGUUGGUAAGAUUUUCAAUUCCUUCAAUAUGAAUGUGACUAGAAACGUUCCCCGACUUUAAGUUGAAACCGCGCAAGCGUUUGACCUCCUUCCACCAAACCUUGGGAUUCUCCUCCUUCAUAUGCUCGACAUUAGACUUUUAAAAUCGGGCCUUGUAUGAUUUCCUUUCACGAUUUACAGCAUUUCUGUAGAAUUUGUAGAGCAUUGAUCCCGUGCCGCCAUUGUGAAAGGCUUUCUGUCGUUUGAGGAUGAGUGAUUGAAGGUGAUCGUUCAUCCAUAGGGUGUCAGAUGUGUUAACGCGAACUCUCCUAAUGGGCAUCAGAAGGUCAAGCCCUGUAUGCAGCACCUUGUUGAAUAUGUCAAGCAUUUCCUGACAACAGUUGGUAGAGGAGAAUAACAUUGUCCAAUCAAUUGCACACAAGUAUCUACCUAGCUCAGCUUUCCUACUUUCUCGCUUGUCACACUCGAACAGAAAUCUAGAUUGUUGACGACAGUUGUCUCUUACUUUGGCCUCCACAGUACAAUGAUAUUAUGGUCAGACAGGCCAAGGGAUGGAAGCCCUGAGGAGCAACGUAAAAGCAGUCCAGGUUAGUCAGGACAUGGUCCAAGAUUGCGUCCUUUCUGGUUGGAAUUUUCACUGUUUGCUUGAGGCUGAAAUGCCUUUCGAUUGGCUUCCUGUCAAGACGAUUGAAGUCUCCUGCCACAAUAAGAGCGCAAUCAGGGAAGCCUGACUCGACAAGUUGCAGUGACUGGAACAAGUGUUCUUGCAUAAACUCGUUCUCAGCGGCAGACCAAUGUUGAUGAUAAACGCAGCUACUAUCAGGAAGGAAAACCCCCGCGGCAGGUGUUUAGGGCGUAGCUGAACCUAUAAUGCCUCGUGAUCGAGGCAGCGCGAAAGAGCGUCCAGUUGUUUGUAUCGAAUUUUACGUAGGACUGAGUAGCCCGGAAUAUCAAUGAUUGAAACAGCGAUAAAAGACUGGAGCCAUGUUUCAAUGAUAAAAGCGAGACUAACUUUGUUGCGCAACACGAAUUCACACAUUUCACUCAUCUUUGGUGAUGAGUGAGGUAUGGUACCCAACAACACGUAUACUCAGCAUCGUCAAGAUUCUAAGCGACGACAUAAAGAUGAAGUUUAAUGAUAAUGAUUAACACGUCUUCCGAAGCCAUAACUUAGAAUUCUCGGUUUUACGUUCUCCUUGUUGUCAUAACAGGUUUAGUUUGCGCAUGCCGUGUGUAUAAAACCGUCAUCGGAAAAAACUAGUUUGGUUUAAAACGAUACUGAUCUGCUGGUCAUUUUUCAAUUGAAAGAGUUAAUUCUAAAAGCAUGCUGUCUUUAUAAAAUCAUUAACGAUCAAAUUUCAUCAUAGGUAUUACAGCAGCAUAGGGGUCCAACACUGACUAGGAAUACAUUGAACACUGAGGUCUUUGUCGAGUUCCCUAUAGCCUCUGUUUCAAAUCGAGGCCAAGUGCAAGCCAUUCAGAUGAAAAUAAAACUCAUUUUUACAAGAAAGGUUUUGCAAUAAGCCUCGUUUUAAAAGAGAGAGGUUUUGAAACUUGAAUUAGGACCUACGAUAUCAACAGUAGAGCGAUCUAUUUUUUGCCCGCCUAAGUCACUCUUAAGGGCCUAGAAAAAGACAUUAGUCGUCUUAAUUAUUACUUAUAUUUUGUAUUAUACCGUUACAGGGACCUUGGAGCAAACAUUAUCGCUACAAUUAAAUCCGGAGUAUUCCAUCAUCUUACAAGCUUGAAAGUAUUGUAAGGAGUCUUUCCAUAUCACUCUUUAAAAAGUUGCUUUUACCAUCGUAUCUGCCAACAGUUCACAGAGAAUCAAUGUUAUUGUUUUGCUUUAAACAGAAGUUUGCGCUCCAACAAGAUUGAAAAGAUUGAACCAGAUGCGUUUCGAGGGUUGGGAAAUUUAACAUUUCUGUGAGUAUAUUUUCAUGUUUAUUCUUUUAUCUUCUUUGCAACGAUAAGUUUGUUUAUCAAAUAAUAUCGCCAAACUAACCGACAAAUUGCGAAAAAUGAGCUUGUCUGAUAACGCAACAUCUCUUUGAAUUCGUAUCAUGGUAUUAAAAUAACCUAGUAGUAGUUGACACUACAGCUGCCUCCGCUCUGUAUAUUUUCGGUCAAUAGUAUUCUUGCUCGUUGUGUAGCUAUUUGAAAUAUACCGAUUCAUUAUGAAGAUUUUCACAAAUAGUCCAUACAAUGGGUGAGAUAAAUAAAGGAAACGCAAGGUUUCCAUGCACAGUUUUGGUUCGAUUUGCACAGCUUUAAAUUGAUGAAAACAUUCUCAGUUUCGAGAAUAGUUUAUUCUAAACCAUAAGAAACGAUUUAGUUAGAAGUUGAAUUUUUCGCUAUUUCCCUUUCACUUUUUACAUUCAGUUCAUUUUAUUUGCCGGAAAGUAAGCCUUAGAAAUUAAAAGGACCUUUGAUGAAUUCACCCUCGUGCAUUCUAGUCUUGUUUUAAACUUUAUAGCGGAAGGACAUCUGUGAGCAGGGAAUAAGUCAGCACAGAAUUUGAUUGUAGGCGAAUUCUGUAGUCGUCCAUCUUUCUGCUAGUGAUAAGUUAGCCGUUGAUUCACUCGUCCUGCUUGUUUGGGGCUGAGACUUCUUCCGGUCAAAGAGAGAGAAAGAGUGUCUGGCAAGGUUUCCAAUCAAAGUUUUGUGGACUCGUGUCUGGCAAACUCUCCAAGUGUUUAUAUAUACACAGUUAUACGCACCUUAUAACUUCAUCUGCGCUUAACGAGUGUCUUUUGGUCCAUAACUUUCAAAACAACUGCUCCUCAGAAUGUCACUGAUAACAUGUAACGCGCAAAAGAAUUUCGAAGUACGACUGCACAAUAAAUGUCACAAAAUCUACCUAAGCGGUCCCUUUGGAAUUUUCUGUCUUUACGUCAUCCUAACCAUUUCGUACUUGCGGGCGCAAACAAAAGAAACGUCAUCAUUACCUACCGAUUCCUCGCGGCCCCUGUUCAAGCAAAUCGAGAUUUUUUUCUGGCAUACUGACUGUAUAUUUCAACUGUAAGUACUUUCUCUAAUAUACGCGCGAGUUACUAGAGUGCCCCCGCGGGGUUUCGCAUUCUGGGCGAAAUCCCUGCAGGGACAAUUAAUUAAAAAGUAAAAUAGGUUGAAAUUUUACGUGAACUAAGGCCCGUUUCGUGUGGUUACUAUAUCAGAUAUCUUCACGACAACAGCAUAAAAAGUCUUCGGCGAGUUUUCUUCAGAGGACUUCACUCAUUGCACACUCUGUGAGUAUCUUGUUUCAAUAGUAUGCUUUGCUUCUUUAAAAUUUAGAACGAAAUAAACGCUUGCUUUAGCCCUCAAUGGUUAAGCUAACACUUCAAUUGACGGAUGAUUGUUAUAGCUUUCUCUUGGUGAUUUAAAGACUCCAGAAUCUUCUCUGAGUCACCUAGUCUACAUUAGUUAAUUUAAAAAUUGCCAUGGAAUGCUUCAACAUCAAGGGCGGGAAGUGUUUUAAAAGAUUUCUGUGUAUAUCAGACAAACUUUUUUAACAGAGUAAACUGGGUAUUUCUGUGCUUUUCAUCUCUAGUUUUCUUCAAGGUAACAAGGUGUCAGGAUCUGACGUAGAUCCAGACGCCUUCAAUGACUUAAAAAACCUGAAAACCUUGUGAGUGUUCACUCUGGAUAUAAUUACGUUUUUAGCUAAGAAAUGCAAGAGUGAUUGUCUUAAUCCUUUUUGCAAAAGAACAAAUGACGAAAGUAUCAUUGAUUAGAAAUAGUUUACACAACUUUCUCAUGGCUUUCACCAAAAGCAUACCUGUGACACAUCAGGAGUUCUUGUGAUUUGCUGGUUUUCGCACGGACUGACUGUACUUGCAAUAAUUAAGACCAUAUAGCGACCGAUAUUAUAGAGCCAGAAACGGAUCAAAACGCAUCACUUACCUCUAAAGUUUUAAAGCCAAUGUAUUUAAAUAACUGGUGGAUUUACCGAUUUUUGUCUAAAGAGUGCGUUAAGGUCAAAAACAAAGUUUCUGAACCGACGAAACACAAUUCACUAGACAAGAGACCUUUCCUUUUCGAGGUUACCUUUUUUUUCAUUUGUUUGUUGCUACACUUCUCCAGUUUCAAACUGUUACACUUCCUUUAUUUAUCCAUGCUUUUAUCUAUUUCAGGAAAAUGGACCAAUUUAUUGCCUGCUGCUAUGCUAUAAAAGCCAUUCCAAACCUUAUUUGUCAAUCAGCUCAUAAUGCCUUUUCAAGUUGCGAGGACCUGAUGAAAAAUGACUUACUGCGCAUGUGCAUUUGGAUUCUCGGCACGCUAGCGUUCAUUGGCAAUGUCGCUGUAAUAAUCUCCAGAGUAAGAAUGAGAGAUGACAACAAAGUGCAGUCGUUCAUGCUUACUAAUUUAGCAUGUGCUGACUUGUUAAUGGGUGUCUAUCUGUUAAUCAUUGCCAUUAAAGACCUUCAGUGGAAAGGCGAAUAUUUCAAACAUGACGUCACAUGGAGAAGAGGAGUUGGGUGCCGGAUUGCGGGCGCACUUUCGAUGCUGUCAAGCGAGAUGUCUGUCUUAAUUUUGUUAGCCAUAACCACUGACAGACUCAUAUGCGUCGCAUUUGCAUUCAGAUUGCGUCCAAUAUCAUUGAAGUCAGCGCGUAGACUCUGUUUUGUUCUAUGGGUUAUCGGAUUUACUAUUUCCGGUAUUCCCUUGACAGACAUGUCAUACUUUUGGGAUGAGAAGCGACAUAUUGGCUUUUUUGGCAGUUCUGCAGUCUGUCUUCCGUUACAAUUUUCAAAUCAUAAUGAUGCUGGUUGGGAAUAUGCGACGGCAUUUUUUGUCACAUUCAAUGGUCUUGCAUUUUUGUACAUACUUACAGCUUAUGUUCUCAUAUUUUUCUCCAUCUUAAGCUUAAUACAGCGCAGAUCUACUGCCAAACACAUCGCAAAAACCGAAUCCACUAAAGCUACCAGACUAUUCAUAAUUGUUUUGACAGACUUUUUUUGCUGGAUGCCGGUAAUUUUGCUCAGUGUUUUAUCUUUAACUGGUAACUUUGAAGAUCCAAAGCACAAGGCUAAGGUGUGGAUAGCGGUGUUCGUCCUUCCGAUCAAUUCGUCCAUCAAUCCAAUCCUGUACACAUUUUCCACUGCUGGAGUGAGAAAGAAACUAGUAGCCGCAUUAAGAAGGAGAAAAGCUUUACGCUCUGACGCUACUGGUAAGUACUUUCUAACUGAAUUUACAACCAGCAAAUUCGUUGGUUUUUUUUUCCCCAACUUACUUGUUUAGAGUUGCUUUCAUUCCCGGCUCAUCUUCGACAGAUCCAGUCACAGAUCAAAGCGGCGCACCUAUUCUCAAACUGACAACAAAGUUAACCAACCCUUUAGUUUUUCGUUACCUUCCUCCGUGGUCAGAGGGAUGACGUUAUUUAGCAAAGAGACGUUGUAAAAUGCGUUUAGAGUAAUUCUGUUUUCUAUCCUUUGUCUUUCGAUUAACUUAUCACCGCAUACCAUUACCUAUCAAGUUGGCAACUUCCACCGGAGCAGAGACAACAGAAUGGCUGGUGGAACCACGCUGGACACUGAACAACUCUUGUCACCUGACUUCUCGCAGAUAAAGCUGCACAUCUUAAACAAAGCUGAUGGCCUACUCUGCAGCAAUGAUCUGGUUUGUAAACUAUUCUCUUUGAACCUAGCUAUAACCGUAAGGUGGUUUGUUUUUGUUCUUCGGUUUGUUUGCUAGACGUCUUUUCAGCCGGAUAGUGAAAGUUCAGCAUGAGAACAGUUUAUUUUCCUAACAUUCAAUAAUCUGAUGUAUUUAUCACAUAUUAUGAAAAGCCCUCAACGGACCUUAUUCACUAUACCUACCAUCCUUUCACACGCAUAAAGACUGAUGGAAUAAAAGCAAUUUCACGUGGUUUCCCAGUAGGCAAGCAAGUGAAAAAUUUGCCAUUACAAGAAGUCGUGGGCCAAGAUUUUCCAUUAUAGACAAAAGAAAAUGAGGAACUUUUCAUCUUAAAAAAGCUUUAAAAACGAUAGUGGCAAAUUAUGGGUGAAAGAGAUCAUUGCAAUGAUCACAAACCCUUACAGUUUAGUUUUCUAACGCCUGAUUGACUUUUCCUUUGCCCCAAAAUUAUGUGUUAUGUGUAUAAAGGUUUUUUUUCGUUUAUCUUCUGUCUCGCGAUAGUCAUUCGACUCAAUUAGCUAUUGAUCGUGGCGCAUUUCCACAGCGUAAAGCGGGUCUUCAUUAGGCGAUAGUGUCAAUUUACUGAGGAGGACUAUUAGUACCACCCUGUUUGCUAGUGAUCGAUGUAUCAAGAACCUGACUCCUGGUUGAAAGCGAAACGGGAAGAUGCACACAUGAGCGAUUGAAGCGCAUUACAAGGAUGUAAGGCUUUCAAGAACACAAACCUCAGGCGUCUCUGAACACGCAAAUUAAAGACUACUUGCUAAUCUCCUCCGUUCGGUCAUUACAGGGAAAUCUCAGACCUCGGCCUUGAUGUCUUGAUCUCGCUAUCGUCCGUUCAAUACAUCAAGGCCUCGGUCUGAGAUUUCCCUGUAAUGACCGAACGGACGAGGUUAAUAAGUUUAUUAUUAUAUGGCCUUUUCAAUAUAGACCUGAGCCUUCGAUCAAUUAAAACCAACAACUGGUCAGCGGAUAUCAGUCUUAAAAAAACACGUCACCUCAUUGAGUUUUACACUUGAGCCUGCGUGACAGUCAGGUGACACUGGUCAGCGGAUACCCCUUUUAACAGCUGUCAAUUGACCAUAUCGUUGAUUUCUAUAAGGAUGUACACUAUCAAGUUAAACACAGAUUGUAUAUGCCUUGGACACCUAGCUAAUAAUGCCCGGUCAUUACAAGAAGACAGCCAAUCAGAGCGCGCGUGCUAUUCUAGACAGAUAAUAAAGAUCGGGUAAAUUGCGUGAGACAAACGAUAAACAAAAGAAAAACCUUUAAACACAAUGAACUUUCAUAAAUAUUCUGGUGAUCAUGGUUUCAUGCGUCUCACAGUUAAAAGUUAUGCUUCCUUCGAGAAAACGUCUCGAAUGGGACAACCUAAGGUUUAUUUUUUGCAGUUUUAUCUCAUUGGUGAGGAGGAAUAUAAACGUGAGAACAAGUUGUUAUUGAAAUGCUUUCUCCCAACAAAGAAAGGUGCAUUUGACAAUGAAUGUAAGAUCUUAAAAACGCUGUCCCGUGGAAAGAACAAAAGCGGACUUCCUUUCCUAGAAUUGCGAGCAAAAGGUAACAUAUUUUAUUUCAGCGUAAUAUAAAACAUGUCUGUGUUGGCCGUUCUUGCUGUCCUGUUGAAAUCCGACAGCUCUAGUAUGUUAUUUAGGAUUUAGUACUUUAUUAGUUGAGCUUAUUAUCACGAUCAGGAGAAAAUAUAUCAUUACAAUAACGUAACGCAUAUUUUUCACUCUUCUCAGCUGAUUUCUUAAACGUAAGUUCCGCAGUAGUAGAACUUCCAACGUCCGGGGAAAAUAUAAGGUAAGUAAAGACAUCUUUUGGCAUGUGUCUUUUAGACUCAAGCCAGAAGUGUGGUUGAAUUAUGUGUAUGAAAUAAAAGUCAAAGUGAAGCAAACGUAUGCGCCGAAUCAAUAUACAAUGUAUGAAAGGACUAACUGCGAUUAAUGGACAGAAAAGGCCUCGUAAAAUGAGAAAUUAUUAUGCUUGAAGUGUGAAAUAUUCCUUCAAUACAAAACGUUUUUGUUUUCAGUAAUUACACACGCAAAUAAUAAGAAACUCUUCCGUCGUUUGUUGUAAACAAUCUCUUAAAUGUUGAUUUUUGGUUUUAAAAAAACUGGCACGCGAGUAACCGACGCUGUUAGCGGAUAAAGUGGAGUCAGCUACAUCCUUCAGGCCUUCAUGUUAACCAUAAUUACUUAACAGAGCUGUGUCACCUUUUUUCGGUAUUACUUUAAAACAUUUAAAACACAUUAAACACGUUCUAAAAUAAAUUGGGAUAUUCUAAAGUUGUGUUUUUGGGCAGAAAUGGAAAAAAUGUACUUAAAUGUAUAUUUUUUCCAAAGUCAAAUUUACGAAUGUCAGGUUUUCGGAAAAAUUAAUCAAAUUUUGUAGGUUUAACAUCAACACCAUUCUAAAAGGAAAUAGCUCCUGUUACAGGUCUCACAGAAUUUCCUGCACCCUUCCUAUUCAUGUAAACAUUUAUCUGUAUUCAAAAUUAUUCUCUAACACUAAAUCUAACUAGGGCAAACUUUUUCAAGUUUACCUCCUUUUUUGAAAAAUGACCAAAAAAGCAGCCAUGCUUUGUUUUCCGCGUUAAAAAGAUUCAUUUGAUAUCUUUAUUAUAUAAAAUGUAAGUGAGAUUAUAAGCCUGCCUCUUACGACACAAAGAGUAUACCCAGCCAAGCUUAAAUUAGAAAAAAAUAGUACCUGUGUUUAGAUAUGACGACGAACUUGAUGGGAAUAAUUAUAGACCAAUAUCACUUUUGCCUAAUUUUAACAGAACUUUUGAAAAGUUAGUUUAUUCUAAGAUGAUCACUUUUGUCCAAGAAUAUGAAUUAUUUUAUCAGGCCCAGUAUGGCUUUCGUAAAUCACAUUCUACGCAAAACAUGCAAUAAAAAUAUCUUAUUGGACGGUUUAGUGUGUAGUAUCGGCUCUUGUAUUUUCUCAAAAUACAAAAGCAUAACGAGAAUGCGUGACAGACCGUGACUCCUUUGCAAGUCCCAGUUUUCGCGCGCUUUAUGCAACGUUGUUGCUGAUUAGUCAGAAACGAAAACUUGUGAAACUGGUGUAGUCUAGUUUACUCAGUAAGUUUUCUUCCGCCCUUCGAGGCUCUAUCUUUCAGACAUUUGCUAGAAAAACAGGCUUAUAAUGGUCUUUCGGUUUUUCUGUAAAACCGCCACUGCAAGAAGAUAAACUAAGCAGAGGCAAAUUGUGAUGAAGAUGAAGAUGAAAAUUCUCCCACAGUUCAAGGAGUUUCAAAGAGCUACUCGAAAACAACCGACCUGAAACCGCAUAUUCGCCGAGAAUAAUGCCAUCGAAAAGUCUUAGAGAACGUCUUAGAGAACUAGAAGUGAAGACUGUUCAGUUCCUCGGCGGUGAUUGUAACUUAAAUGACGUUGUUUGUUUCACUGUUUGUCGCCAUCACCAUCUCUGUUUACACACAUUCAGGUCUGUUUUCAUCUUCUCUGUGGUAUUUUGAGCUUAUAACGUUUGUACGUUUGUGACCAUGUGUAAUAAAUGUCGACAUUUCAUUGUUUUUCAGGCGACUUUGCUCUAAAAACUCGAUUUUACUUAAGCUUAACAUUUGGCUCCUAUACUUUAUUUUCUUCGAAAAGCGAUGUAUUUUCUGACAUGUGCGACGAUUGUAGAGAGCGGGUCAAACCGGUCUUCUAGAGUGGAAAUACCAUGAAAUAUUUGUACUCUACUGACUGAAGUUGAAUAAUAGCGGAGCACUCGCGCGCGCGAAGCGCGCCCAGCAGAGCACCAUGGGUAAGAAAAUUUGUUAAAUCUAUGCAUACAAGGAAUUUUGGUUCCGCGGAGAAAAUCGUCCGUAGGUACGUCCAUCCCUUCAUGUAAGCCGGAUGAAAUUUGGUGUUUCAAGCAUCCGCGCGUUUCGGCGGUAAAUCGCAUAGCUUCCCGGCCUUUUAGAGAUAAAAAAACAACAACAGAAGCCGAUUCUUUCUUUCGACUUAAUUUCAAUGUCUACAUUGACGUGGAUAACAGACAAAGAGCUAGAACGAGAGAUAAAAACCAAAGGAGACCAAUUUCGUCGGAAGAAAAACGUAAAAAUUUUAUAGCGGCUGUAAGAAAAAGGGGAAAUGCUAGCUGCCAUUAAGAUGAAAAUGAGCGGCAGCGAAAAAAAGUGAAGAGGAACACAUACAGAAUUUCCUCCAUAAAACGUGUAACUAGGAAGUUUCUGGAAUUUUCACGCUGUAGUCGUGCAAAACAACGGCAAAGAAAUAUACAAAAAAAAGCGUGUAAAGUUGUUUUUAGCUAAUUAGAAAAAAGUGUGCUGCAUGUGCAAAUUUUUUUUGCUAAUUAAACCUACUGAUUUUUUUGGCCUGUUUUCGUUGCCUUCGCCCCUUGGCGUUACACGAUUUUGUAGUUUGUUUAGUAAACUAUAGAUAUUAACGAGAGCUGCGCUUUUAACCCUGGCUAAAUCUAUAUAUUGAAAACUAAUAUGGAUAAAGACUUCUUCUCGUGUGGUUUUUUUAUUGAUUCAAUGUUAUUAAACAAAUUGGACCAUUACGGCUUCCGCGGAGUAAUUAGUGAUUCUAUUUGUUUUAUUUAAAAAACAGAAUCCAAAAAUUAUGAACUUAAAUGUCAUAUAUCUAACAAGGCUGCAAUGACGUGUGGCGUGUCUCAGGGCUCUUUCCUUCGACCUCUCCUAUUUUUAUUAUACGUAAACGACACACAGUACUCCUCGGACAAAUCCAGUUUCUACCUUUUUGCUUAUGAUACAAAUAUCCUCUAUGCUGAUAAAAACAAAAUCUCUUGAAAUUGUUGUAAACUGUGAACUUUGUAAGGUAUAUAGCUGGCUUACUGGGAACACGUUUAUCCUUAACAUAAAAAAAUCUAUGUUAUUUUCCGACCUUAUCGAAAAAAAUUGUGAUAUAUGAUAAUGAACCUGGCAAACUAGUUAACCUUGAAUGCAAAGAGUAUGUGAAAUACCUUGGGGUGUUAAUAGACUGCAGUCUAUAAGCUGGAAAUAUCAUAUCAGUCGAACACAUUGCGGUGAAAAUGAGUAGAUCAGUUGGUAUUAUUACGAAACCUAGGCAUUUUGUGCCACCAAAUACUCUACUGCGCAUCCAUCAAUCCUUACUGUUGCCCUAUUAUAUAUUAUGGACUAACAGCAUGGGGAAUUGCGAGUAAAUCCUACAUGACGAAAAUUUUAAACCAAAAACGAGCAGUUAGAGCUGAUAUUCUACCACUAAAUUCUCUUUAUUACAAAUCCGUCUGUUGUUUAAUGCAUGACAUCGAAAGGUACCCAGUAAGAUUUUAAACCUAUUCAGCGGUACUACAAGUAUUCAUUCUUAUAACACUCGGUCUUCCUCAUCAAAUAUCUAGGCUAGAUAUCCAAAAGAGAGCUUUUUCAAGAGUAGGAGCUAAAAUUUGGGAUGAGAUACCAGCAUCAUUACCGUAAGAGAGCUCCCCAAAAACACUUCAAAACGAAACUCAAAGUCUUUCCUUGUUGAUAUUCUAAGGAAACAUGAUGACUGUAUAAUGAUAUUUUCCAAGUUACCUGUGGUCUAAAAACAUAAAAAUAGAUAAGUUCCUUCAUUCGAACUUACUUAAUGAAACUGAACUCACAUCGGUAUCUUAAAUUAUGUAAACUAACAAAACUUGGGUAAGUAAUCGAGUCCCUCAUUGUAAUGUUUUAACGUGACUGUUCCGUUCAAAAUCAAAUCAGCACCAUGUGUAAAUACAGGUACAGAGCUUUCAUAUGAAUGGUCACAUCACAGAGGAAUCGUCCGCAGUCUCAAAAGUUAGAGUCACCUUACAAAACUCCAUCAAACACUAUGGUGGUGAAAGAGUUAAAAGCAAAAAGGGCGCGUUCGAUUGACCGUAUUCCGAAUAGAAUGCUUGGAAUAAACUUUGAAACUCGCUUAUUUUGGCUUUCAAAAUCUAAACAUCUCGGGGGCAUUAAUAAUUAAGAUGAAUGAGCAUUCUAAUGGUCCAAAAAAUUGCAGUUGAAGAGAUUUGUAAAAAAAAAAUGUUGACGAACUGUCUUUAUUCCGGAAAACGACAAAUCGAACGCAUCUUAAAAAGAGGAAUGGGCGUUGUAUCAGUAUGUGGCAGGUAGAGAUAAGAAAAGUGGUGUUUACAGAUUAUACUUUAGGCAUGCUCGUCUUUUCUAUUCAUUUUUAGCGUUCUGUGCUUUUCCUUUGUGGACGGUAUCUCGCUCUUGAAUUGGACGAAAACAAAUGAUUCAUCAGAAAACCUGGAUCUGGCUUACCAAUUUGCUUAUGACGUCAUCAGCGCUUUGGAGUUCCUUCAUGGCAACGGGAUUAAUCACAAUGACAUUACACCAGCAAACAUUUUGUUAAUAAAGAAGCCGGGAGUAAGUACUUUUACACAGUUGCUAGAUGAAGGGGCUCUCUAAAACAGUUCAAGACGGCCCGAAAUGGCCGGAAUACUAGUACCAGUAGGACGACAGAGCGCUGGCCUGCAGAGCGGGCUCUAUUCAAUACCCAGGAUCUUUAAAUAACUCAAUGCGGAACCUGACUCCUCUCCAGUCGUUCCUUUUUGGAUCGCACAUGGAGAAUGGAACGCGGGAAGGGUGACCGAGGAGAGCUCGAGGAGUGAAGUCCUAACCUCGCUUCUCUCGCUAAUAUUAAUAGGAGACUAGCUGAGAGACGAAUGGGAACAAGCCAGGGCCGGAACAAAUACGGCUCUGCAAACCGUGGCUAGGCCUCCGCGUGACUGGGAUGACCACGUAAAUGGUGGUCCCGUCUUCAAUUAAGAGAGGUGGAAACAAUAUUCUCAGUUUGUACUUGUGUGACCCAUACAUUUAAACUUAAUUGAAGUACGUUUUUUUCAUACUGAUUUACGUGUUGCGGAUGGAAUUUUUCGUUAGCUAACUGCAGGACCGGUCGCUUUAAAAACAGCAACGGAAACAAAAUCAGUUACUUUACAAGUAACCAAAUGAAAAAAAGUGACCUAUAAUUUCUAUGUUAGUGGUCACACACUCACAGGUUAACUGAAAAAAAGAGUUCUUAUUUGUUCCUUAAUAACUUUUAAUUAUGGUCAUUUCCUUCCAUCUUAUUACAGAUGCCACCUUGGAAAGCAAUGUUAAUAAACUUUGAUCGUGCUUCUAAGGAGGCAAGUCAUGCGACAGACUUGAAAGCCUUUUGUCAUUUGCUGCGAUGGAUGACUGAACAGUGCAUCUCUGAAAACGGGGAGGUAACUUCUCAUUUUUUUAUGAACUACGAGAACGGGAGACUCCAUUUUGGGCCUUAAUUUUAUACUUAAUAGACCUUUGUCACGCGGCAGCCAUUUGGUCCCAAGAGAUUAAAAACGUUUUGUAUUUACACGGCUAGCCUCUCAGUGAGAACGAGACUAGCCGUGCAAAUACAAAGUCUUUUUAAUCUCCUGGGACCUCCUUAUGCAUGCUCUGUUGUCCAUCCCCUUCCAGCAUUUCAACUGCAGCGCCUCCAAAGGCUACAAAAUGCAUGCGCUGGAUUUGUCACAAGAAGGUUCGCAGGAGUGGAGGACGCUGCAAAGUUGAACUGGCUUCCAGUGAAUACGAACGUUGAACUAAAUAUAAUUAACUUAGCUCAUAAGUCGCUAUAUGAUGAAUCGUUUUCUGAAUAUCUUAAGUUAAAUUUACACAAGGUUAGUGCUUAUCUUCGAUUGCGCCUGUCCUUUCUAUUCCGAGAGAAUCAGGGACAUUUCAGCACUCGGCAGGAACUAUUUUUAAUAAACUCCCUGUAGCUAUUAGAAACAUAGCUGAGUACAAUUCCUUAUGUCGUAGAGUAAAGAGACACCUUUUAUGUACUUGUAACGAACCUUAAACAGAAAACACAACUGUAAAUAUGUAUACUCCUAUAUUUUUUUAUUGUAUUUUUAUUUUUAUUAAUUUUUUCGAUUAAUAUUGUAGAUUUAUAGUGUAGAUAUAGUAGAUGAAGAACCUCACUUAGCUGGAUACUCGGCAAUAAACCAUUAUUAUUAUUAUUAUUAUUAUUAUUAUUAUUAUUAUUAUUAUUAAAAUGGCCGCCGCGUGAAGCGUCAGAUUGUCAAAUUUCAAGUAGUUAGCUAACAUCUUGUAGGGUUAAAUACCCAAGACAACUAUUAGGUUUUGGGUUUCUAAUGUCAAAUACGUAAAACAUCUACAACUAAAUCCAUCCAACAAUACACAUUCUCGGAUUUUUGUAUGCUACAUUUCCCUCCAACCUAUGGCGUAUAUAUAGAGGGGGUUUUGAGUUUCUCAGGACCUCUGGUGUUACCCCUUUAGGAAAGUUAGUCACAAACUAACGCCUGAAGCCCUAAGUUCGUCAAAUUGAAUAAAAUAACCGUAUAAAGCUUACCAAUUAAACAUAAAUAUUGCAAUAAGAACAAGGACACCCAUUCUAAUUUCGAGGAAAAACUGAUUGACUCUCGAUAAAGGAGGUUUCGAUUUCGUUCACUUUGCCCAUGCGCCACAGUUGAAAGCACCGUAAUGCGGACAGCUUAGAGAAACAGGUAAUCUUCCACAUUACAGGUUAAUAAAGCGUAUUUGAUAUAGAGGAAUGGAAUGCGAGGUAUCCGUAUUAUAGAGUUGUUCACGUACCGUAUUUAUUCGAAUAAGCGCCCAGCCUCGAAUUAGCGCCUACCUCGAAUAAGCGCCCAUGCUAAAGGCAGAAAAAAUUAAUAAGCGCCCAGCCUCGAAUAAGCGCCCACCUCACCUCACUUCCUCCCACAAAAACUCCAAUAAGAGAUAAUAAGAGACCCUCCCGAAGACGGAGUUUUCUUCAGAGUAUUUUACAGAAACCUUGCUUUGCUACAUCUUCGCUUUUUGUUAGUACCAUUUACUGUUUUGUUGCAAAAUAAACUACUACACUUGUUGAGAAUGGUGAAAAUUUAAUAAGCGCCCAGCCUCGAAUAAACGCCCACCUCGAAUAAGCGCCCACUCUCAAGGUCCAAAAAUUUAAUAAGCGCCCAGGGCGGUUAAUCGAAUAAAUACGGUAUUUAUGUACUUGUGUUUUUUAAAGGACAAUCCAUAUUUGUUUUUUACAAUAGGUUAAAUCCUCAUUCCAUGAAUGGCUUGACGGAACCGCAGAAGAGAAUCUGACGGCAUCUUUGCUCCGUCAACAACUCGAGAUGUCCCGCGAAAUGUACUUUAUGGACACAAGGCUUUAAUUCUUUUAAUCGACGCACUGUUUACAUUGUUUUUGUAGAAGGCCCUCUGGGUUCCUGGCAAGGCUCAUUUCCUGGAAUAAACGUUCACGUUCCUAUAAGCGUCCCCCCUGAUGUUCAAACAAGUACACAGACUGAAGGAGCAAGCGGUUAUAACUGUGAUCGACUCAACGAAAAUUUACAAAUGACAUUUUUCAAGAGUAGUUAUUGUUUUCAAACUCUGAACAAUAGUUGAACGUGUAAAUUACACUUUACACUUUGUAUGUCAGCGGUCAUUUUUGUUUAACUCAAGACAACCGUUCGGUUUGUUCGGUCCUCAAAUUACAAAAAGGGAAAAAGUAGAGACACAAUUGAUUUUCAUUACUACAUAGCACCCAGC